AGGAGGGACAUUCGCGUAGGCUGGACUAUCUGUCUCCCAGUGUGCUUUUCUGUCUGCGUCCGUCUGUACGGUUGGCUGGCAAACAGGGAGGAAUACUUUCCAUUGUUGAAGCACACAGUUAUAAACAGUGACUGAGCUCACAGAUGAGAUUCAGGCUUCUGAUAAAAGGCUCAUCUCUAUGUUCGGGCCGUGCGUGUCUUUCAUCUUUGACAAAAUGUGAAACGUGCAGUAAGUUGUGGGUUUGUUUGGGCUGUUGGGGCGGGGCUGUUUCUUCAGCUGUUUGGCUGACACCUACCCUACAGUACAUGUUUCAGCACUGGUAUGAAUUUCAGUCUACUUCAUACACAUAAAAAAAAACUCCCCACAGGAGCUUUAACAAAAAAUCCCAUUUAGUCAUAUUCCAAUUUCUGGUUUGACUAAAUUCUCGCCAGUGGAUCAUAUUUAUUUUUUGACUGCAUUUGUAUAAGAUCUUGGGGAGGAAAAAAAGGCUACUACACUAAGCCUACCCCUAACCGUGCAGUAUUUACAGAGAUGGUUUGCAGGAUUAGUUUGGCUUAUAUCAGUCUGGAGGGGUCAGACUGAUUAGAUGGCUGCCAGACAAAUACUCUCCCCUACGUAAACAAUCGUACAUAUGUUUGUCUUCUGGUAGAUGAUUGUGUACUCACUUGUUAGUGAAAGUAUGGCUUGUGAUUACGGGGAUUUUGUAAUUUGCGUGUGUCUUCUCCAUGCUGCUCAUCCAUCAAACCGAAUGUGAUCGAAAAAUACCUCAAAUCUUCCACUAAACAAAACUGCUUUCCAGAGCUCUUUAAAAACUGAUUCUUGCUUUUGCUUUUUUUAAAUCUUUUGAUGCAGGAUCAUCUCACUGUUAUGUGACAUUUAAAUUCUUGAGCCACAGAAAAGAGAAGCGAAUUUAAACCCGUACAAGGUCUUUCAGCGUCCUUGUACUUUUACUAGAUCACACGUGACCAAAAACAAAGAAUUAGAAUUAAUGCUAUUCAGUCCACAGCUGCUGUAGUCAUGCUUGACCUUAAGCACCCACAAGAGAGAUGGUGCACAUGUUGUGACCCUCAGGUCUUGUGUGUGUGUGUGUGUAUGUGUGAGUGAGUGUGUGUGUGUGUGUGGGCAGCUGGUAGAAUAGGGGGGCAGGUGUUCCCCUGACUUAUACACAAGUAGAUGAUGCAUUAAAUGUCAUAUGAGAGGCAGAUUAUCAAACUGUGACGGGGUGGAGCUGGUCAGGAUGGGUGUGUGUUUGACUGCGGGCUGCUAAGCUGUGAUCAUUAAGCAUGUGGAGAGGUGAGCAUAUGGGGACUGGAAUAGACCAUUUGACAGAACAAAAGACUGGCAGGCUGUCUGGGGUUUCUUGCUACUGCACACCCUCUAUUGUUAGCGUUUGAUAUCAUGAUCCUGUGGUCUACAUAAUUCUCUUUGUUGUCUCUGAUACAGAUUUUUGUCAUCGGUCAUUUUUGACAAUGAAAACAAUCGAAUAUCCAAAGAAAGUGGAAAAAGGUUUGUUGAGCCCAUAUAUUAGAAACUGUAUCUUCAUGGGAUCAAAUCAGCGCCUUUGUCAAAUAGGAAUGGGUGUACCUUACAGCAUUUAGCCGUUAUUCUGUUACUGUUUCAUACUCAUAUUAUUACUUGAAAGGUUGUUUACUUUGUGGUAGACAUCUCUAUCCAAACCCUCUUUUAACGGACGUCUCUCCCUCUGUAAUGAAACUUAAAAACACACUCUUAUAUCAGGUGUCUGCAGCACUCUCUGUCUCUCAGUCUCCCACACAUGAAAUCCUGUUACUGUUUACCUUGGAUACCCCUGACAUGAAGCAUACAGUGUCAAAUGUGGGAUCUUGUAAAACUAAAAAAGGAAAGAAGAGCGUGUUUAUAUGAAUGUACAGGACAGAGCAUGUGAGCAACAGUGAUAAACAAAUCAGUGAUGUGUUUCUAAUUAAUGUAACAACCAGGUUUGAGGCAUUAAUGUGUUUUUUUAUUAGUAAAGACAGAUCUGGUCUCAGACAUAACUCCAAACAAGGCCAACCAGAAUCACUCAUUAUUUACGCCAUCUCUCAGUGUAAAAGUGCGUUUAAUCCUUCCUGCUCUAGGAGUGCAUAACCAUCUGUGCGACAGCUCAGAAUCACCACUAUCCUAGUUUUUGUAAUUACAUUUGCUGUAAAUUUUUACUCCGCUUUAACCGCGCACAUCAAGACCCUGAAGCCCUGCAGCAGAAACAGGGUUAAUGACUCUGCUGCCGCUUCAGCUCCUCCCAGCAUCUGCUCUGCUAUUGUUAAACCUGGCUAUGCAGAACCCGGCCUUGUGUUAGCCCUGUAUUCAGACUAAUGAUGAGCAUCCUGUGUGUAUGUACAGUAAAUUUAACCUAAAACCUUCAAAGUGUUGGUAGCAAGUUCAUAGUAAAUUUUGUGUUCUUCAUGGUGCACAUGUUAAAUAUCGGCCUUUUCAUCUCUGCUUUUGUUUAAUUUUAAUAUACUUAAGAGUUUUCCUGUGGAGUGCACAGUUAUGGUUUAGUAGGAUGUACUGUGUAUGAUAAGGACCAUGAAAGCAGAGGGAUAAGUGUUUGAUUUAGGCAGAACAAUAACACUUUAUGUACAAAAUUAAGUUGUAAGAGGAUGAUGGCAGAAAGCCAUUGCAGAUAAAUAAAGGGAGGAUUUUCCAGCUGAAGAAUCUACAAAUUAAACUCAACAUAACAUCUAAACAACUUCAUAGAUAAAUAUAUAGAGAUUGUAACAAAGAUUAUUAAAUAUAUUUGGCCCUGAUAUCAAAAAGAAAGGGGAGCAGAGACCCUGGUUAAAGAAUCAGUGCAGCACGUGCGAAACGACCAUGUUGUUUGAACAGGGUUUGAACAAGGUGAUCCUGAGUUCGUACCCCAUGGCAUCACCUCACGGUGUCAUUUUAGGGUAACCUUUGUGGGGCCUUUGGGAACGUGUCCUCGGGUCAUGAUCUGCUUACGGCUGGUACCACCUUAAAUCAAAAGCCCACAGCAUUGAGUCCAUGUUCCCAAAAUAUCCAGAUGAAAGAUAAACCGUCCCAUGCCUCCCCUCCCUCCCCUUGUCAUUUUCUCUGUGUGCAGUGCUCCCACACUCUUUCCCCUAAUCCCUCCACUCGCCCCCCGUCUCCUUCCACCCCCCUCGUUUUUUUCAGGGGAUGUCUCCUCCCAUCCUCUAAUCUCCCCCUUCAUAUCAUCUCGUUGAUUUCUCCUCCUCUUCUGUGUUCCACUCACUCCACCCAUGAGCCGGUCCCCCUCCUCUUUCUCCUCCCUCUCUCCCCCUUAACUAACCCCUACUCGAUCUUCCUCUCGCUUCCCUCUUACUCACUCACUCACUCACUCCCUUCCUCCACCUUUCCCCUCCCCUCUGUCAUUAGCUGAUAUAUAAGAGCACUGCAUCCCUCUGCACUGCUCUCACACACACUGUGUGUUGACUGGGAAGGGGAUAGUCCAGGGGAUUACAUUGUCUACCUGCUUGUGAAGGAAUUAUUCUCCUCUCUGGAAUAAAGACUAAAGAGGUACUGCCUUUUUUGUUAUAUUAUGGUAGCUCUCAAAGUAGCACAAAUUCUGCAUUUACUAAUUCAUAUUAUCUGUGAGACUGGCCUUUAUUUGUGUUAUUGAAUAUUCUCCAUAUUAAAUGGACAGAAUUGCUUUUUUAAAAUAUUUCAUUGUGUGUAAAUGUUAAUAUUCUCACCUGCCAAAGGUGUUCAGCCAAUUCCAUAAUGGAAAUGUAAUAAUUUUCUCAAUUUUUAACCAUAAUAUUUCAUAUCUAAUCAGAAUGUCUUUGGUUUGUGUACUCAGAGGUGCAUAUUUUCAUCUUGACCACACUGUUUGCUCAUAUGAAGCUCGUCUCUGCAUUUUCCUCAGUCACUACCUUUGUCUUAUUUAUGUGACACAUCUAAAAUCAGCUUUUUUUUCCAUGUCUUCCCACAGAUUUAGGAUCAUCUUCAAAAGAGCCAAAGCAGAUCUGAUUGAAACCCCUGAAACCCAGUGAAGUUUUGCUUAACCUGCAGCAGAGUCUCUAUUGGCAUCACCGCCUGUCCGUUACAUCAACAUCGAAAGCGUGCUUUGAUAUAGUAAAGGAGACCAUGAGCAGCAACUACAGCGUCACUCUGCUGGGACCCGCCCCCUGGGGCUUCAGGCUGCAGGGGGGGAAGGACUUCAACAUGCCCCUUGCCAUCUCCAGGGUAAGACAUGGAUAUUUCCUCUUAAACAUACUUUCUCUUACUCACUUUGAGCAAACACCUCUGUUUCAUUAUCACACACAUGCGCUCAGUCAUCACAUGCAGAUGUAGGAUAACAUUGCAGCAAUGCCAUACAGCUGAUAAGUAAUUUACAAAAUGAAAACUGAUCUCCAUGAAUCCUUCAUUUCCCUCUGUCUGCACCUUUUCCCUUUCUCUUUGGUGGUCUUUUCACCACCUCUCCCUGUUCCUGGUGUCUCCCUGCCUCAACCCCCACCGCCUCCCUCAUGAUAGCUCCACUGAAUCAUAUGCCAUCUGUCAUGUAUUGACCAGACAGGAAACCUUUCCCUGCUCUCUGUAAGCAUUACGUUUUUCACUGUCUGCGAUGAUAGCGCAGCAAUCAAAGUUUUGGCGCUCAGAUCUUGGCUCCGGUCCCUUCGCGUGAACAAGUAACUUGAUGGUCCCGUGGUUUCUCCGCCUUUAAUUGUAACCUUUUGUUGCCCUCCAAAUCUGCUUUUCAUUCACACAUGUAAGUUCACACUAACAAAGCCCCCCCUUAUCACUUUAACCAGAGUCUGAUCCUGACACGAGAUAAUCUGUUUCUAAGUUUGUUCAAGCUUCUGUCUGUUCCCACUCUGCUUGGACUCUCCAGUCUAGUAAAGGGAACUUAUACAAAUACACUGGAGAAUACACCCACAUUUGCACAUGUGUGUGUAUUCACAUGCACACACAAACACACAAAUCACCAACACUAGCAGUGCACAGGCCCAUGGCAACAUGAGACUGAUGAUGGAUGGCUUGCCAGGUUGGUUGCCAAUCCCCCUAGGGCUGCUUUGGGUUGCCAUGUUUGUGUUAUUACUUUGGAUGUGAUACUUUUCCCACUAACUGAAACCAUGUGUAUUUUUACCACAGUUGUGCGUUUGUGUGUGUGUGUGUGUGUGUCUUGGAGUGUGUGCGCGCACUGAAUCAAAAUUAUUGGAAACUGAGAGGAAACAAAUGAUGGACAGAAGGCGAAACAGCGAGAAGAUAGAGUAACCAACCAGAAUGAACCAAAACAAGGAUACACAAUCAUGAGUUUCAACAUGUCAUACAGAGUCAUAUCUGAAAUAAAUCUUUAAAACUUUAUGCUUUAUAUAAAAGUGCUUUCCAAAGAAAUCAUGCAUACAUAGUUAAAUAGAAGUGGAUGUUGAUCCGUCAAGGUUUUCUUAUUCCCAGUGAUGUGCACGAUGGAUUUACUUAAACUUCAGAGCCAUCCCAAUGACCUCGACUGCAUUAUUACAAUGACAGUUAUGUGGUUUGGGGUUUUAAAAUGUUGGCAGGAGUAUUAAAAAAGUACUUUUAUAGAUUCUAGUGUUGAUAAAGAAGAGUUUUCCAAGUUCUAUAAAGUUUUUGACUGUUACAGCUCAUGCUGCGCUCCAGUUACCUCGGAAGUCAGAUGUCGGAGCUGGUAAUGAUGCUACACCCGAGUUGACGGGGUUCCAGUAAACAAGUCAGAAAACCAAGAUGGACACCUACUGUUAGCCGUUGUUAGCUGUUGUUAGCAAUUGUCAGCUGUUGUUAGUUGUUGUUAGCUAUACCAGUUAUAAACAACGCAUAACGCAGUAUUUUACUCUACAACUGGAACGCAGCAUUAGAGUACUUUCAGAUAAUUCCAGGCUGGGGUUAAAUCUCAGAAUAUCGGCUUUAAUGUGUGUUCUUUUUUUGUAAUUUCCUAAAGUAAAAUGUAGCAAAAUUAAGUGCUUGACUGUAUUAUUUUAUUUCCCCAACUGAUAUUCAUGAUACUUAAAAAUUUAAAUGUAUAAAUAAUUAUGUCAUAAUUUAAAGCUGCUCAGCUUUUUUCUUUUAUACUUCAGUUUCUUAAAACAGACUGGCAGUGUGACUUUGACUGAGUCAGCAGAGUAAUUUCAGAUCCCUGUAAGAAAGAAAAUGUCUUAGUAGGGAUGGGUGAUAAAUUAUCGUUCACAAUAUAUUGUCAGAAAAAUCCUACAUGAUAAAUGUUUGCCAUCUCAUUAUAAGUAUUAUAAGUGCAAGUUGAUGACGUAAGCGUGUGUGAUGGACUCGCAGCCAUAGUCCACACAGAGCAGAAAAACAAACGAACAUGGCUGAAGGUAAUGAAGAAGAAAUGGAAUUAUAAUAUCUUUUAUCGGGACUUUUAUCGUUAUCGCCAGAAUAGCAAAUCUUAUCGAGAAGUUUUUUAGCCCAUAUCGCCCAUCCCUAUGGCUUAAAAUAUUAAAAUGCAAUUUAGAUGAAAGUUUAUCACAGAGGCUCACAGAGGGACUCAUGACAGCAAGUUUAAAUGGCACAAACAUUUGAUGCCAUUCAACAGGUCAUCUUUCUGGGUUUGCCCCGCUGACCCUUUCAUUCUUAUCAUACCUUCAUCCUCUCCUCUCCCCCUCCCUCUCUUCUGUAACCAUGUCUCUCUUUCAUCGGCCUGUCUGUUUUAUCUUACAUAAGAUGUGACUCACCCCUCGCAGAAAUAUAUUUAGGUCGAGGUACAAGAAUCAAACCAAACCUUCAUCUUAUACCAUCUAUUAAAUCCAUUUAAAGGCAAUAAAGGGCAAUCCUCCUGACCGCUAAUCACCAACCGUCUGCUCAUAUGCACUGGCACACACAACAAAAACACACACACACACACACACACAUGGAUCGUGCAGUGCCAGUCUAACCACAUGGUUGGUACUCAGAAGGUAUAGAGGUUAUUAGGGAACACACUCCUGCUGCCAAACCACACUCGCCCUAACAGCUGCUGUUGCUAAGCUCUACACAUACAUGAACAUACUGUGCGUUUUGUUUAACGAACAAGUCAUAGCAGAAGUAUUGACACACUGCACUGAUGUAUCUUAACAGGCGAGCUUCUUCAAAUCUCAACUCUACAUCCUGAACUAUCUCUGCCGUGAGUGCUCUUGUUCUCGAAACCUCUUUUUUCUUUUCUUCUCAGUUUAGAAAAAACAGUUUCAUUACAGGCCAAAGCUGACAGUGUUACUUCUUAAAGUGCCUAUAAAAAAUUUACAACAGCAUUCCAGUCAGACGUUGUCCAUAAAAGGAGAUAUUUACAGAGGAAAGGAAAUAUUGUAGUAAAAGGUACAUUGUCUGCAGACGCUCUUUGUAAGAAUGGGUUUCAUUACAAACUCAGAUCGUGCUUUUGUUGUUGGCUAAUAGGGAAUAAUGGUUGUUUGGUAACAUGGUUGUUUCAGAGUCACCAUGCUACCUUAUUACCUUGCUUUUUUUGUAAAGCAGCUAAUUGACAGACUGCUGCAGAGAGUGUGCAGACAACAGACUGUUCUCCUCAUUGAGACUACUUACUGUGAAAUCAAUUUACUUGAGAAUAAUUCCAGGAACAAGUUCUCUCCUGCAGGGACGGACAGGAAAGGUCUGCUUACCAUUCACAGUUCUAUUUACAACAGUGAAUCAAUAUUUAAAGCGUUUCUGAGGGCAGCCCACUUACAGGAUCCACUGCUAAAAUAAUUUAAGAGAGGGCCGCCCAGGGGACUGUGUGCAUUAGGCUUCUAAGAAUAGUUGCAUCAUUUCACAGGUCGCCUCCCAUGACUGCACCCACUCCUGACAAACUGAGGUGGGAUCCGUAGUCCUGUUUUGGAGACCUCUUUGAUCUAGGAGUAUUUCAGAUUUAUUUUCUAAGAUAAGCGUCAUGCCUUUAUUGAUAAUAGAUGGAGUCAAAAACACAACAUGAGUGCCACAACAUAGGAGUCAAACCAGGGGUCGCUGCUUUCAGGACUGGCGCUUAACAAAUUUUACCUCUGUGAUAUCAGCUUUGUGCACGCACUUUUCUAGGAUUACAUAUUCAUGGGUUUCCCCCUUUAAUAAUGUAAGCAAAUUUGUUUCAUAAUUCAAAUGAAAAUGAAUGAACAGAAAUGAAUUUGCAUUUUUAAGGUCUUUACACACCGGGAACGACGCAAAUAUACGAUGCGAAAUUACGAAAUAUUCGGAAGCGAAUUUUGACGCGCCUGACCAUACACAUCAAGCGCGAGGCGAUUUUGCAACUUUCCAGGGGGGAAAAAGAUGCGUCACGGGUGGAAGCGAGAAGACUGACACAACACCAGACUGGCUGUUUUUUAUUUCUGAUUAGACACUAGUGUUUAGAUGUCUGUCUGUCAUGAUAGCAUGUACUGAGUCGGGGCCAGUACCAGAUAAGCACAUUAAACUAUAAUCCAUAAAUGUAAGGUAACAACCGAGACCUAAUGGUGCUGUGACAGCAACGCGAUUGAGUUUGAGACAGUGAAAAUACAUAUGGUAUGUUGUAUCUGAACAGGUUAGCUUACGAGCUAAGUUACUUAGCACAGAUGAAAGUUAAAACAAAGACAUUUAGCAAACUGACAUGAAAACGAAAAAGCAAUAGCCUGUUUGGUUUCUUUUUUGAAUUGUAUUACAAAAUGUGCAGCUCAAAUAAGAAAAUGAAAAUGCAGCUUGUAUUAUUUAUUCUUAAUUUUAUUUCUGGGUCAAAUUACACAGUUUUGACUUUGGAACGAACAAGCCAUACUGCAAAUGCGUUUGAAUUCUCAGAUUUGACAUUUCGAAUUGAAUUUUGGUAGAUAUUUGGAAAAUUAAAUCCCAGAUGGCUUUUUCUUCUACAUUUGAAUUAACUUACAGAAUAAUCAGUUUUGAAAAAGAGAAAGCAAUCGCAGUUUAGAUUAUUUAUUUUUAAUUUUAUUUAUGUGUCAAGAUGUGCAGGUACAUUCUGAAAAAUACAAAUGCAUUUCUGUUAAUCUAUUUUCAUUUGAAUUAUGAUACAAAUUUGCUUACAUAUUUGUUUAAAUCCAUCACAGUUCAUCUGAAGGUUGUUAUUGAUCUAACUCCUCUCUGGAGCUCUGCACUGAAAUGUCUAUAAGAGGAAAACAGGUUUUAAAGAAAUGGUAAUCUAGCUGCGUAAUGCUGUGCUGGUUUAACGGACGAUUAAUCUAUACUGAAACCUUUUCGAGGAAGAAUGCAGUUCUUGGAACAGCAUCAGCGAUAAAUGUUUCCUGCCUUCCCAGCGAUGGUUCGGGCUGGCGAUGACAACAACUGAGCAUUAGUGAUGGGUCUAUUUAAAACAGACUCUCUGUCUUUCUGCCGCCCUCGCCUCACCUCCUCUUUCAUGUGCUUACAAUACUCACCCUCACAUUUCAGACCAGGUCUCACACCAGUGCUGUUGCAAACUCAACGCCUUUUCGCUUCCAUACCAGACUAUUGGAGCCGGUUGACAGCUCUUUCAUCUGAGUUAAUAGUUCUUUAAAUCCAUCUUAAUCAAACAAGUCCCAUGUUUUCCUCCUGAGUAUCUUUUCUGUCUUUAGAAAAACAGUCCCGCAGCCAGAAUCAACAUUUUUCAUUUCCUCCCCCACAAAUCAAUCUGUCAGUGCUUGUGUGUGUGUGUGUGUGUGUGUGUGUGUGUGUGUGUGUGUGUGUGUGUGUGUGUGUGUGUGUGUGUGUGUCUGUGUGUGUCUGUGUGUGUCUGUGUCUGUGUUAAGGUAGACUUGUUUUACAUUUACAGUGACAGGCAACACUUUUAUAAUCAAUCAAUGUAUCUUUAUUUAUUUAGCACCUCAAAUGCAAUCUUAAGACACAAAGAGCAGGUCUAAAAAAACUCUAUUAUUUAACGAGUCUCUACACCAAGACAAGAAAAUCCAAUCUUAUCUUAUUCAAGCUCAUCCCAUCUUAAUUGACCACAGGCAAGACAUUUUGUCUGGUCUGGAAAAACUUCCCUCUGACAGGCAGAAACCUUGAGCAGGACCAGACUUUUGUUGAACAGCCAUUAGCCGCUUUGUUGAAUUUGGAAAGAGGUUCUAACCUGAGGAAAUUGAGACUUUCUGAGUUCCCACAGGACUCAAACAGUUUAUCAGUCCCAAAGUAUUGGAUCUAUUUCUAUUGAAUAGAAAGACAAAAGAAUGUUGGCGCUCAUAAAGGUGCUUCUGGGACCCGUGUUAUUCUGUGUCAAAAACCUCAUUAGUGAAAGUCAUACAUCAAAUAGACUCAAUCGGAGAAAGCCUUAACAGGUUUUGAUCUUCUUUAUUACCCAGAAAUCAUUACCUUUUGUUUAGAUAAUUAAAAACGUCUUAAGAGGCUGAGGAAACAGUGGUAGAUUAUAAUAAGACACUUGAGGGCUGGGAUGUGAAUCAGCACCUCCAAGUCCGAGGCCAUGGUCCUCAGUCAGAAAAAGGUAGAUUGCCUUCUCCGGGGUCGCCUCAGGUGGAGGAGUUCAAGUAUCUCAGGAUCUUGUUCACAAGUGAGGGUAGGAUGGAGCAGGAGAUUGACAGGCAGAUUGGAGCGGCGUCAGCAGUGAUGCAGAUGCUUAACCGAUCUGUCGUGGUGAAGAAGGAGCUGAGCCGUAAGGCGAGACUCUCGAUCUACGUGCUGACCCUCACCUAUGGUCAUGAACUUUGGGUAAUGACCGAAAGAACAAGAUCGCGGAUACAAGCGGCCGAAAGGGGGCUCCUUCGCAGUGUGGCCAGGCUCAGCCUUAGAGAUAGGGUAAGGAGCUCGGACACUUAGGAGGUGCUCAGAGUAGAACCGCUGCUCCUCCACGUUGAGAGGAGUCAGCUAAAGUGGCUCAGGCAUCUGGUUGGGAUGCCUUCUGGAUGCCUCCCAUUAAAGGUGUUCCAGACAUGUCCCACUGGGAGGAGACCUUGUGGCCGGCCCAGGACCAGGUGGAGGGAUUAUUUCUCUCACCUGGCCUGGAGCUGGUGGAAGUGGCUGGGGUGAGGGCUGUCUUGGCUUCCCUCCUGCCCCCGCGACCCGGACCCGCACUUAAAUUCAUAAAAGAAAACAAUAUUUACACACUUUGGAUUAUCACAACUUUUUGAAAGAAGCAGUUUUAGUAAAAAUAUGAAUGUUGUAUUUAAAUAGCUUUAGAGGCCAGAAAACAAACAUGACUGUCACAGACCAGGUCCAUCUGAUUAUAACGUGAACCCUAUUCAGAUUUUUGGAGAGUUAGCUUUAGCACUCCAGUCACUGUUAAAAGUCAAACCCGACCUUCCACGUGACGUCACGCCCUCGUUAGGCUUAAUUACAGCUUCUCUGAGUGUGUGCCACUAAUGACACACAAGCAGCUCGCUGUGCGUUCAUAUGGAGCAAGAACAACCAAGUCUUGUGUUCAUGUGGUUGUGUUUCUGGACGUGUGUUCCUCAGCUCUGCCAACGCUGAGUCCCCCAGCACCAUCACAAUCACAUCAUUGAGUCUGGCUGUGAAUGCUGGCUUGUUCUCUUCAGGUUUAGCAAGGGGCAGUUUUCUUUUACAACACAAAAUAAUGUCGGGGAUUUGUUGACGCUGAUCCCUUUUUUUUCUCUACAAUACAGGCGUCUUGAACAUGAGCAAUACCUCGGUUCAUUCCCACACAAAUCUUCGUGUCAGGUCAACCUUUUAGUACUUAAAUGUUGUAAGAGCAUGAUUCAGGAUUUCCAGACUUUUUGAUGUGUGUGUGCCGUUUCUCUGUGAGCUGCUACAGCUUUUUAUUUUUACUCUUGUUACUUAAAUCAUAGUUAAUUUGAGUGAUUCCUAAUUGAUCUCAACGUAGGUCUGUGCAACGAUUACACUGACCUACAGAUGGCACUAAAGCGUCCAGAAGCAUUGGUACCAUCUUGCAAAAUAAAGAAAGAAGAAGCCAGCGGCUGACCUGGCCAGCUUGUCCCAGAGUUGCAGUACGCUUAAAUGAAACUUCUUCAUAAAUGGCGUCCAGAUCACUGAUAUUGUGAACAAAGCCUUGCAUUUAAUUAGGGGGAGCAUAUGUCCUCUUUUACCCAGAGAUGUCUUCUUUUUGGGGGCCUUUCUGGGCUGUCCGGCCUUGUCCGGGGGGGUUUAUAAAAUCCUUUAAAUGUCUGUGGUUUCAUUUGGAAGUUUCAAGUUUGUGUCGCAAAAGUGUGUAAAAGACACUUGAUCCAGCCCGAAAAACUUUCACAAUUAGCUACGCGUGAAUCUGUGACUCCGCCCCCAUGUCGUCGAGUCCUCUUUUUGGGGAUUCACAAUAUGGUCACCCUUGUUUAAUAUGUACAAUCUGUUACGCAAGUGCCACUAUUUGCAGCUGUAUUACAGAGAUGGACUUUGAUGAGAUCAUGUUGCACUAUUUCCAUGAUGCUCCAUGAUCAUUCAAGGCCUGUAGUGUAAUUGGAUUGUUGGCUGUAUGUUUACAAUGUGCUAUAUCAUACGGCUCAAAGCUGCGUCCUCUCUUAACUCCUUCCAUCACUUUUGUGCUUCAGACGAUUCCCAGUCAGUUUUUUGUCUAGAAGCCCUAAACUCACCUUGUCCCUUUUAACUUUUUAAUGUUAUUUUUUGUUUGUUUUGUUGCUUGGAGAGCACCAAAGCUGUAAUGCUAUUUUCCUGUCUUUAAAAGGUUCAUAGCAAAACUCCUGUUAAAAAAGAGAGAAGCAGCCUAAUGUUCAGUAUUUUGACAGAAAACGACAGAGCAGGGUUUAUUUUAGCAUUUUUUAUUUCUACAUGGAUUCAAACCAAUGGGAACAUUUCUCCUAAAGCAGUACAAUCUAAGAGAAAUAAAUAUUUUUUAAGUUUGGCACACCGAAGCAGAUUUCGCGGAUGUUAAAGUUCCAGGGAACAGUCUACGUAUUCAUGCCUUCGACUUUCAGGGUUUGACUCGUAGCGUGAUGCGAACCAUCUGCCUGUCAUCUCUGUCACUCCUCUCGCUGAAAGCAGCCAUUGUUAAAAGCACUUAGACCAGUCAGUGUAUGAUCAAACCUGACAAUAUUUCACCACCCAUUUCAGAAAGGUUCCUUUGCUGUAUGUUCGAACUUUGUUUUUUUUUUCAAAGCACUUAAAUCAGACAGAAAAUGUGUCGAAAACCGAAGUGGCUUGAAGCAUAAUAGCAAAUUCAUCUGUGAAGGCUUUCUUCACACUGUACAUGUGUUUUUCUCAUUUUGUGAAUGAGGGUUCAUUCUUCCUUUUUCUUUUGCAUGAAUGAAUUGACAAAAAGCCCAAAGCUAACCACCCUAGUUAACAGAAAACAACAGCCUGUAGCCUCUGUUUCACAGCUCAGAGAUAAUUCACGAUCUUACAAAGGUUUUUCAUCUGUUUUUAUUGUAGAAGGUUUAACUUAAAGCAUAGCUGUAGGCUUUUUCAAUACCUACAUAUUUUCUUAUGAGGGCGUUUAUGCAGAAUUUGUGAGAAGCUGUUUUUAUUAAUGUGAAUUCGAGCCUCUCUGGCUCUGACACAAGUGAAAGAAAAAAGUUUCCAAACUCUGCACUGCGAGAGGCAGAGCUUCAUAAAGCAGCUUGAUUUCACACAUAUGUAAUAUGUAAGCGUGUGUGCCUGCCGGGUGUUAAAACGUGUUAAAGCUGCUCUUUUUGUUUUUUGGUCAGAGCCAAAGAAACAGAAUCAUUAAUCAAACCCUGGGAAACUGGAGGUGCUCAGCUGAGUGAUACAACAGGUUAUUGAGAUUUCUGUGUUUAGAUUUUCUUAAAGAUUUGUUGCACUCUCUCUGACAUGGACAUUAAAAUAACGGGAUUUUUUUCAUCAUAAACCAAGUUUACAUGGGGGAAAUUUAAUCCGAUUAAAAGUUUAAGGGAUCGGAUAAUCUGAAUCCACUGUUUAUAUGGGCGUAAAAUCAAAUAACCUGAUCAUGACGUGGCAUACAUGCACCAAACUUUAGUCAGAUUAGAAGCAUUUGGACAUGCCCAGAAUUGUCUGAUUUCGCUGAAAAAACUGCGCUGUCAACAAACCAACAAACGCAUUAGUGGCUUACUCCAUCCAAUCAGGAGUUUUCCCCUUGUUAAAUAUUGUCACUAGAUGGCGCCCUUGCGUAUUUCUUUUACUGUUCUGUCAAAGGUUGCUCUCUGUGUGCCGAUGUGACAUCAUUACGCUGUAUGUACGCCUUGUUAUGUUAUCGGAGGAGCAGACAUGGCGCCCGCAGUUGUGUUUUAUGCCAGAGUGUUAAUAAUGAAACCUCCUGAACUGACCUCAAUAAAUAAGACAAAGGCUAAAGAGUGAAGAUCAAGUUAAGUAAGAGAGUCACGAUCGGAAUAAGUGUUUACAUGGACACGUUUCGGAAUAGCGAUCGGCAUUAACCACCCCUCUCGAUCAGAAUACAAUUUCUUUCCGAUUGAGCGGAAUUGGAUCAGAACCUUCCAAACAACAUGUUUACAUGACACAAUUUUAUUCCGAUCGGGCAUUUAUUCUGAUUAUUUGUGCUCAUGUAAACGCAGCUAUUGUAGCUGAAAACAAUUUUUUUUAAUAUAUUUAUUUUUCUGAAACAGAUUUUGAGUAUUAGACACAAGGAUUAAGUAACAAGAAUGUAAAUUAAUUCAUAUUAUUCCUGUGUUUUGAGGCCCCCCUUUUUUUUAUCACUUGAUGCGUGGAGAAGCAGGAAUGUUUCGUGGGUCAGUGCGUGUAUCCGUGUGAGAGAAUUAAUUGGAAGAAAACUUUUUGGGGUGAGUAAUUGGUCCACAACAGUGCCAGAGUGUUCGAAUAAGUCAAGAUGUUCGGGGAUUUGGAGCCCACAGGUUCAGAGUGCCAUGUAAUAGUUUUCCUCUCUGUUCCUUCUGUUUCUUCGUUCUUUUCCAUCCAUGCAAUUUUAAUCAGUGUCAAGCUGAUCCCUCAUUACUCCCUCUUCUUCCUGCCCUCUGUGGUUUUGAGGAGUGGUGAGUGAUGUUGCGUGUGUUGGGCUAAUAUGACUAUAAAAGGUUGGGGCCGCAGCGCCUUAGAGCUAAUCCGGGUGCAGAGCCACUUUUAUUAGCCCUGCCUGUGUCUGUCUGUCUUUGUGUUUGUGUGAGUGAGAGACUAAGAUAGAGGCGAAAACACACACACACACACACGCACACACACACAGAGCAGGGAUGAAACACCAAAGAGGACUAAACCCACAUCACACCCCCUCAUCCGUAACUGUCACUUCUUAUUCAGUAGAAACACAUUUUCUUUCAAAUUCAAUUGCUCCAUAGGUAGUGAUUGGUGGCGGCAGAGAUUAAGAGUCACUUUAAAGUUAGGACAAGCAUAACAGCGGUCUGUGUGCAUGUGUGUGUUCAGCAAAGUGGUCUGUGUGGUCCUUUUUUUAUAGUGUCAAAAGAAACAAAUGACCUCACUCCCCCUUCGGACACAUGCAGACCUUCUGUGUGACCAAGAAUGGUCACAAUCACAGCUACCAGGAGGUUUCUGAUCUCUAAAGACCUGAAAUUAAAGAUAUUUCCUUUACGCUGCUCACAAAACAAAAAUUUCUAGCUUAUCUGAUUGCUCACAUGUUGGUAUGCGUUAUGAAAAAACAGCCAAAACAAAAAAGAAUUUUAUCAGCAGCAAAUGUAAUGAUACCUCAUUGGUCCUAGUGUGGAUAUAGCGCUUUAACGUCAUGGGAAAAAGACAAGAGAUACAACGUGUAACAUCCUGCACACACUUCCAAACUUGUCCCUGUCCACCCUCAGCCUGCAGAUAAGAGGAACUCUGGUCGAAAUGACGCAUGCUGCAGUGACGAAGCAGUCAAUGAGUAAAGAACAUCAAGACAUUCAUUUGGCUUCAUUUAUAGCUUUAACAACAUUUAUCCUGUUGUCACUUUAUUUACUCAUUAUAAUAAAAUGACCUAUCAGUGUUAAAAGUUCUUUGAUAGGGCGCUGAUGGCAAAUUGGUCCUAGUUGUCCUAGCUGCAGCAGUCACUAGUUUGAUGGGUGUCUUCUCCCACUCUCUGCUCCCCGUGUUUCCUGUAGCUUUCCUCUAUGAAAGAGGAUUAGGGCCACAACAAGAGGAAAAAAUAAUUACAGGAGGGAGGGAGGGAUUAGAGUCGAAAUAAAAAAAAAUCCAAAUGAAAUGCCGUAUGGCUUAAAUUUGUCAUAGCCAUCCAUGUGCCAGAGCGCAUUUGGUCCUCGGCUUCGGUGAUGCCUGCGCCUCAGACGCCAGGCUUGUCUGUGCUCCACACCUUCAGGAUCAAUCAACUUGAUCAGUUGUCUUAUUGUAUCUUGCGAGACAACAUAGCCUCACUGUAUAGCACGCUGGUGUUACCAUCGCUAACCCUGCAUCUGCAUCAUAAUCUUUGGCACAGUCUUUUCAGAGUCUGAAUACUUAUGACCACACUGUGUAAAAGAGCAAGGAUUUCCUUUUUACAAAAUCCAAUUCUGAAGUAAAGCUUUAUAAACUGUUGUACAGAGGAAAUGUUGUCGAGUGACAAUGCUGUUGUUUCAUUAUCAUCAAUCUCAACAUUACGACUUUAUUCAUGAAAUUUAGUCUUUAUUUGCGCCAACUUUAAUCUUGUAAUUUCCAAUUCAAGCUAGAAAUUUUGAUUUAAUUCACAAAAUUUUAAAUUUAUUGAUGUUGACUUCAAUCUUUAAAUUUCUACUUCAAUCUCGAAAUUUCAUUUUCAACUCUCAAAAUUUUGAUUUUAAUCUUGAAAUUUCGACUUCAUGUGGCCCUUUUCCUCUUCCGCACUUCCAGUACUUUUUAAAAAGUACUUGAUAAGAGAUAUAGCAGUGUCAGUUUUCUAAAGCUGCAACAAAAAAAUAACCCAGUACAGACCAGUUCAAUUUAUUUUCUAGUGUCCUUUUUUCUUCUUGUGGACUUAGCCAGCUUGUGUCCAUGUUUAGUAAUGAGUUGCCUGGCAACUGUUUUCCCAACACUUGUUUACUAAAUAUGUCAAGCAUUAGUCACAAUAGAUGGACAGAAACUCAACUAUUGUUAUGUAAUAUUAUUCACAGCUGUCAUAGAAGACAGUUGCUGCAGUGGAGUAGAAGUGCAUGUUGACUUCAUGUCCAGCAGCAGUCUCAGACUGAAUUAAACUUUAGCAGAAUAAGCUGUGAGCGGUUUCGUGUGGCUUCAGUCUGUUUCAAAUUAACCAGUUUCCCCCUACAAUGAAAGUGCAGCAAUUAAACCAAGCUAGGACAUUGAUAUAUAUAAAAAGUAUACCAAAAAAAUUCAUGAGCUUAAAAAGCUGUGACAAUAAUAAUUGAGGGUCUGCAUAAUUUAUGAUACGCACCAGUUAAGACGUGUCUGGCUUGUAAUUGCAGCUGAUUCCUGAAAACCCAUAAAACUGGUAUGUGUUUACACCAUGUAGGGUUCCAUUAGCUAUUUGUCACCCUUUUAACCGUGUUUAGUCAGGAGUAAAAUGGAAAAAUAGCUUUUUACUAGGGCUACAUUCACUUAAUCUUUAUUAAAACAGUAAAUCAGCAUCUCUUUUUUUUUUCGUUGUUCAUAGGAGAACACAUUGCAAAACAGCAUCAUCCUCACAGAUGCUGUCGAAGUUUAGCUCUGGAUUUCACACAAGACCCCGCAAUCUCUGUUUUGUUUUCUAUUGUUUUAUUUUGCGUAGCAACUACCACAUGUGAGGCAAAAUCUUUGAUAAGAAUCUCGCUCUGUGCCUCUUUUGCUGAGUCUUUGGGAUCUAAUAAAAUCUCUCCCUGAUUUACUUCUGGCAACAUCAAUCAAAGUUGACUUCUUUUCCAGAGCACGGAUUAAAGUGAUUCAUUUUUUCAGAUUCGACUGAAAUGAUAUUAAAGUAAUGCCAAACAGCCCAAAACUCUAAACAAUCCCUUAGAAGUGUGAGGUGGUUGAACAUUUGGCCAACUUUUGGAGGGUGUCUAGGGAGUGAGUUUGCUCAUUUGAUUGUAAUGUGUAUUGUUGACUUGGAGAGAGCCCACAAUAGAAUCCAAGGGUAGGUGCUACUGCAGGAAAAUAAGGUAGUGUGGUCAUUGCUGCUGCUAACCAUCCAGUCCCUGUAUGAGCUAAUGACAGCUGUGUUUGAAUCCGCUUCAUCGGAACCAUGUGUACUUCAGUAGGCUUGACCCAGGUUUUGGGUUCUGCUUGAUUUUAACUGACAGGAUCUCAAGAUGCAAUCGAACUAUUCAGGUGAAGAGGGAGCAACCUGCUUUCAAUUUAACAUCCAUGUUCCAACCCUUGUCUACAAACUUUGGGCUGUGACAGAUAGACUGAGAUGACAGAUAAUAGCUUCCAAAAUGAUGAUGAUAUCCUGAAGAGAGCUUGGAGUAGAUCUGCUGCUCUUAUGGAGACAUUCAUCUGAGGUGGUGUAAGCAUCUAAAACAGAUGCCUUAUAACCCUGGACCCCCUACUUUUGGAGGUUUUCCACUCAUAUCCAGCUUGGGGGAGAUCAAGGUAACCGAGAACUUGUUCUUUGGGGGAUUCAGUAAGAGCCUUGGAGCUCUUUGGCAUCCCAUGGAGGAGAUAAAACAUUGCUUGAGAGACAAACAUCUUGACCAAUUUCCUUCGCUUUUAGCCACCAAACGGACUUACUGAGUUGUGACUGAGUCCUUAUUCCCUGUGCUGUGGUCGAGACGUUUUAAACCUUCCCUCCCCUCUUCUGAGUUGAAAGCCCAGUGUGACAGCAGGUCAUAAAGUAGAAACAAAGGUAACUCAAAGUGAUGGUUCUGUCUAUUAGACACACAUCAGUGAAUGAACAGUAGAGACCCUCAAUUAUGCGGUUAUAGGACAAGGUCUGUCAUUAGCUUUGGCCUAAUCUCCCACAUGAACCCAUAACUCCUGAGAUCAAUAAAGAGAUUACUCAUUUCCGCUUCACCUUGACUCACGCUCCUGUUUAAUAAUCCUGUGAUGUUGCUGGUUAUGUGCAUCAUUUUUGGUUUUUGUGUUUUGCAGCUGACAGAUGGCGGCAAGGCGGCCAAAGGCGGCGUCGCCGUUGGAGACCUGGUUCUGUCUAUUGACGGCAUCGCCACAGAGGGCAUGAACCACCUCGAAGCCCAGAAUAAGAUCAAGAACUGCACUGGCAACCUCAGCCUCAACCUGCAGAAGUAAGCCCUGAGCUCAUGCUCUGUAUACAUGUGCGCACCGAUAAAGCAGAAACACAGCUGCUUCUUUUACAAUGAUUUAAUGUGUGAAUGCGAGUGGGAAGCCAUUUAUCUCCUCGAGGACACAGGAUCCAUGCACUCACUUUCAAACACUUCCAAACAACCCAUCUCUACACCAGAUUUAGAGUCCACGGUUCCCCCUUUCAACCCCACACAUCCUGCAUAUAAGCAGAUGUUCACUGUUGUUGUAGGAGUUAAUCUUCUUCCUAAAUCGCAACCACACUAUUAGUUCUGCCUGAUGUCCCGUUCCCUAAAGGACACAGGGAUAACUGAAAUCUCUGCAAGAGCAUCACACAUGUGGACCGCCCCCUCCUCCCUGAGGCCUAUUUCAUACCCCGAGCUGUUUAAUGGGAUCCUGCAGAGCUGAUUUAUAACAAACAGUUGUCUUACAGUGUAUUAAAACUGUGUGUGCGUGUUUUUAAACGGCUUCUCGUGUGAUCUGAAUGGGCUGUUUCAUUGACAGGACUCGUAGCUUUGGGGCAUGCGUGUGUUUUUAUUUAGAAACUGCAAGAUAACGAAAGGAGCAGAUUAGCAGUUUCAAAGACCAGAUGUUGCUUUGUAUUAAAUCUAAACUAGCCGGUGUUGUAAUAAGCUCAGGGUUGUGUUCCGUCUGUGUUUUGUUGCUUCUCUGCUUAGGCAUGUUACAUUUUUGCUUGUCUCUUGAAGACUUUUCAUCGUUCCUUCAGGGUUCGCUUCAUUUAAAGCUAACUGAGCAUGUCCUCUAACUUAGAUCCAAAUGAUGACAGAGUGGAGACAUUUGCUCCGAGUGAGCGGCAGAGAACAAAUACUGUGUAGCCACAGUGUUUACCGCGACUCCCGAUCCGUGAUCAAAAUGUUCUCAUAAUGAGUGAAGCGGGUCCUAGAAUAAUGCUCGGCCUGACGGUCAUCAAUGGUUGAGUUAAUUUUACUGUCAAAGCAGAAAUUUAUGGAUUCAUGGAUGUUAUUAUUCUUUUUUUAUUCCAUCAUUUUGUGAGGAGGCUGCACAGUAUGUAACGGAACAUUUGCACUCUUCAUCUUCUCACACUGUUUCUAAAAGCAGCAUUAAUAUUGAUGAUACAACUUCUGUAAAAUUCAAGGAGUGUGAUGUAUUUUUAAUAGAUUUUUGUCAUUUAAAAGGCAACAAAUCCAGUAUACCAGUGCCAAACAUUGAGAGAAGUUUUUUAUGUGUUCUUGUAUUUCACACAGAGGAUAGUGCUUGAAAAGUAAGAAAUCUGAAAUAUCAAAUGUGAUGCCGGUGAGCCUGACCGUCCCAUAGCUGGAGCUUGCACAAGCUAAAACUUAUGUAUUGAUUUAGCUUAAGCAUCAGUCUUAGGUUGUGUUCACACUAAAAGGUCUGUUUUCUGAUACGAACCAAAGCAAGGAUGAUACAUUGAUGAUAUUGUGUUGCAAUUUCUCAACCGGUCCGGUUCACGUUCACAAAGGCUAAACUCAAAUGGUCCAAAAAUUGUCACGUGGAAAAGCCAUUCUGUGAUUGCUUAUACAGUCUAGGCGGGUAGACAACAAAUCUGUUGCAAUUUUUACGGUACAUAAUGGAGCAUCGUCUGCUCAUUCUUAUGUUGGUGCUGAUCUGGACUGUAUAUCAGCAGACUUUGACAAACUUCGCAUAUGAGCGGCUGGGAAGACUGCAGGAAUUAAAUAAUGUAUUAAUACAUGCAGGUCCUAGUAGACGUUCUGCAACUGGACGGUCAUAUCACAGAAGACGACAGGCAAUACUUUGUAACUCCACGUUUGUCCCCUGCUAGACAUUAGCCGCACUUCGAUAACUUUGCCUCUGACCAAAACAUGAUAUGAUGGUGUGCUUCCUGUGAUUGGUGUGAAGCCGGUUCACACCAGAAGUAAACCACUCUAGAGUUCACUUGAUGGCGGUCCGAGACCACUCCUACCAGGCGGACCCGUGAGUGGUUGACUGGUCCGCACCAGAGUCUGAGGCCAGCAUUCACAGCAACCAAAACGAACUGCACCAAGGAGGUAAACGCUCCUGAGUUCAGUUUGACUGGACUAAAAAAGGCUGGUGUGAACGUGAUCUUAUUCUCCACACCCCAACAAAAAAUUUGAGUAAAUAUUUUAGUCUUGAAAACUAGACGGCAAGGAGAAAAACUCACUGGAGUCAAAAUUGAUUCAGCUUGCGAAGCGUAGACUUUCUUUUCCAGUUACCUCAUUGUUCUCCUUAAAUCACCUAAGUGCUGCUGAGCACCAGGGUUAGUGUACAGUUUUUAUAUAAGGUCCAGCUUGUUUGGCAGCCCAGUUAAAGGAUUAUGUGUCCCGUAUCACCGUGUGCCUGUGGCAGACAUCAUCCCAUGUAAGCUUGAUGCAUGCCCUGUUGGAACCACAUGGAUCAGCUUGUUUCAUUAAGUGGCAGUAUAAUAUAAUUAAAGCCGUGUAAGCAAGCAGCCUUGUUGGGGACAGCUGGCUCCAGCUCCUGAUUUACUUGGAUACUUUUGGGUCAGAAAGAUUUACUGUAAUCCCUUAAUUCUCCAGACUCCAUUCACCCAAAGAAACAAGAGUUUCAGAGUUUCAUCCUAUUUGUUUAUUGGCAUUUGUUGGCACUGUGUGUUAAAAAAUACUUCAUAUUCUGAGAGUGUCACACUGAGGUCAACAUCUGGACUUUAAUGGGUUUACAUACGUAAUGGAAAGAACCAAUCUCCUGGCUGUUUCUUUUCAAUUAUUGGAGGUGUCACUUGCUUCACUUUUAAUUCUUCCAUGCUGCCGGCACAUUUAGAUUGGGUUUGCCACUGCUUCAGUUCAGACGGCAGGCGGGGUGUUAAGAGGGAGAAGACACAAAGGCGUGUUUGUAAAGCAUGUGGUGUUCGCGUGUGUGUGUGUGUAGUUUAGAAGGAGACAGGCUGUGGUCUUUUGUCGAAUAAAGAUGUGAUGAUGAGAAGGAAAAGACACUGGAUGUACAAAAGAAAAUCGAUCAGACUGGCUUAAAGAUGAAUUUGUACUAUUCCGAUACUGUCACAUAUCCACCAUGUUUAAAUACUGGAACAGUACAAGGAUUUAUUUACUGCAAAGUUAAGCCAGACUAAAGGAUAAUCCACUCCCCACCCCAUUCUUUCCACCACUGAUCAGUCAGUAUGUAAAAAGUUUCCAAAGCAGGAGCAACAAGAUAUACAUGCAUUAUUUAAAAAUAAAGAACAGUUUCAAUGAAAGAUAUCUUGAAUUUUAUUUGAGGCUUUUUCCAUAAGUCUCCUCAAUAGACAGUUUUUUUUUUUUUUGUUUAAGGGUGGGUUUUUACUUUAAAAUGUUUAAUUUUUGACUUAAAAGGGAUCAUUUAUACAGGGUUCCUAUGCAGGUAUGGAAAGUAUGGAAUAAAUUUGAUCAAUUUCCAGGUCUUAAAAAGUAUUGAAAAUGAAAAAUAAAGUAUGGAAAAAAUAUUUAUGUUUCCAAACUAUUACCACAGUUCUAAAAUACUGUUUUCUAAAAUAGAAAAGAAGGUAUUCCCAAAAAUAAUUCUAAAAAUUAGGGUAUGGAAAAGUAUGGGAAUUACAACUGUGUAGGACCCAUUUUUAUACCCCGAAAUAUGUUCAUAACAGCUUCUAUCAUCCCAAAAUUUACCUCUUUGAUUCUUAAAUUGUAUAUAUUUUUUUCACUAUAAAGUUGAAAUGGUUUCCACUUGUCUCUUUUCGCUUAGAUUCAGGAUGAGCAUUGACUGUUCGCUCUUAUAACUCUGAAUAUAUGGCUGAACUAUAUAUAGCUGCUGCAGCUAGUGUCUGGCAAUGAAGUAUGCCAAUUGAAUUAAGUGGAAGUGAGUCUGUUAUUUCACCACUGCAGGACUUUCAGACGAGUGAAGAGGCUUUAAAGAAGAAAUAUACCCAGUUCACAUUCAAAGGUUUAAGGUCCUUUUUUUCUUGAGAGGAUCUGUAAUGAAAUUGUUUUUUCCUCUGUAUCGGAGAAAAAGCUGAUAAACCGGUUAGUGACCUUACCUGUUUGUUUAUCUUUUCAGUCUUCGCUUGAUUUUUCCUCUGUCUAGGAAUGCACUUUGUAUUGUUCGGGUAACAAUGUCCCCUCAAAGUCCACAUUUUUGCUUCAUGACCUCUGCGGCUUUCACAGUUUUUCAACAUUCAGUGUGUUUGUGGAUGCAGCUCUCUGACCGGAGACUGAGUUUGUUGAAAGAAGCAGAAGCAGGAAAGAAGUAAAAGGAAAAAAAUCUUUUAAGAGGCCAAAGAAGACAAAUGGAAGUAACAUCAUGGUGAAAAGAUGAAAGAAAGACACAUAAACAAUGAUAGUGAUGGAUUCCUCCAAGGGUGAUGUUUUUUUGAUCAACCUGCUUGACAUCUGCGGCUUUUGUAAACCGUGAAUCGCUCUGCUGGAUGGCACCAGUGAAGAAUGUUAAAACAUUACUGCUAGAUAUCCUUUAAAUUCUACUGAUCAACACAGAUGUUGAAAAAAUGCAGUGAAUGUUUUUUUUUCCCGGAAACUUUUUUUCCUACGAUGAUUUCUGCGUUUUAAUCUUUGUUGUCAGACUGGGUUUAGUUUGAUGAAGCUGAGGAAAAGGUCUCGUAUCUUCUUCUGGAGACAGCAGACAGACUGUGUGGGAGCAUUCAGACACAUGUGCAGCACAUGUGUUGAAAACUCACACACACAGUGGACGCGGAGAAAAACACGUCAAAGGGCCGGCUGGCACUGUAACGUUUAUACGUUUUAUAUAUAUUGAAUCUCUUCAGUCUUUCCAGCAAGAACAGAUGGACGAGAGCGGACAACGCUGUCUAUUUGAAACUAUUAUAUUACCAACUUUUUAGGAGCAAAACAAACAAACUUGAUUAGAAACAUGAAAUAUGCACUUUGCAGGAGUACGAACCGAAACUCGUAGUCUCCAGUACCUCUACAUCAUACAACUCCAGCUAAGUGGUUGUCAGUGUUAUAGAUGUUACUUCUAAUCAAAUCCACAAUAGUAACGAUCUCCAGUUCUCAGAUAAACCGUUGAUUUAUUCAUGUCUUCUUGCCGGACUACAGGGAGAACAAGAAGGGAGGAUAAUUUGAAAAUAAUGUGGACAAAUAGCGUUGGAACUCAAAGAAUAAGGGAGUGAAAUAAAAGCCAACUAUCUUGAAGUUUCUGAAAAUUUACUAACCUACAACGACCUUUCCCCGGCUCCUAUUUAUUCACUUCAGAGUAGUCCCCGUGGUGUAGAGCAACCACAGAGUUUCAGCACUUAAAUUAGCCUCUUCAGAGACAUAAUUAUUCUCCUUAGAGCUACGCAGCACACUGGUAUUAAACUGUUCAUUUCAACCAAUCAUCCUAUGCCUCGACAAAACCACCUUUGUAUUUUUGCUGUUAGGUUUGUUUCAACCGCCUCAGUCUGGCUAAAUGCUCUAUUCCCCACAGUCAAGUCUUUUCGAGGCCCAUUUGACUGUUUAAUGGUCCUCUGUAUUAAGUGUUUUUCUCCUGUAAUGGCACUAUCUCAUGGUCUUGAUGUGUUCGAGGAAGUAAAGAAAAAAGGCACAAAGAGAAAAACAAUUAACCCAAUGCACUCAUCUACGCAUAAGCAUGAGCAAAGAGCCAAAUAAGGGCAGGAUUGGGGUAAACAAAUAGUCCCGCAGCGAAGAAAGGUUUUGUGUUGUAAAUUGGUUCCACUUUUCUGUUAUCAAAGUGUGGAUCUAACCCCGUUGAAAGGACCUCCGACGGAUAAUUAAAGUGAUUUUCAAGCCUGUUUUUGUGAGUUAGAGCUUCAAUAAAGGAGCCGUCACAUUCAUAAUGGAGACCGUAAUCACAGGGCGUAAUAAGUCAUUAAUAAACAGCGUCAGCUUUUAGGUCUCUUGUGUGUUUGCUUUUAUGCUGAGUCGCAGCGCUCUGGAGGUGUUGUUUGCGGCAUUUACUCUGAUUUAUAGACCCUCCCCCUCCUCCUCUACACACGCACAACCACACAUGAAAAGGAGAAGAGAUGUAGCUCACCACAGCACUCUGUAGUUGCAAAAAACAUAAAUUAACACUUUUAUUACAUGCAAGGGAAGCAUAUUAAAGAAUUAUCUCUUUGAAAGAAAUAUUAGACACGAACGUUUCUACAUAGACAUGCACUUAAACUCUCAUUCGCACACUUGCACAGAUCUCAUUGCAGCUGCUCGGGUUAUUUUGAGUGUGGAAGUUGGCUCUUGACGCUGCAGAAGGGGUUGGGCGAGAGAAGUUUAUGAAGGGUCGGGGUGUACGUUUUCAUUUUGUUUACAUUGCGUUCUCCAAAUAGAGACAACAAGAUCCUGACGUACGUGCGAAUGCUGAUUGCACCGCAUAGCCACGUGCCCGACGUAUAGCCACAAACGCACAUGCACAAGCACAUGCAUACAGGAAGUUGGUAUAUGUUUCCCUCUGUCCCAGUGUACCCCACUGGUGUAUUGGCGUGAUAACUUCAUCUAUGAGGAGGUCCAUGUCACGUAGCUGUCUGAACUCACAGACCGGAGGAUUCCUGCGAGUAAUAUAACUGUCAGGGUAAAGUUUGUUCCUUGAUUGUUGGCGAGGCUGAAUUAUCCAUUCCAAGUUUGUAGCGCAUACUUAGAAAAAAAUAAGAAAAACAAGUCUUGCUUAUUUGGAGCUGAUAAAAACAGUAUGUUCGAUUGAGUCUAAUUUUUAUACAAGAGACUGCAGGGAGUAUGCUUUGAAUAAAUACCUGUCGUGUAAGUUAUCCAGUUCACUUACCCAGAAAUGUGCUCUAAUACAUUCCCCUUUUCUGAGAAGGCUAAACUUAUGAACCGUUGUGCUUGAUCAGGUUAAUUUGGCCCUCUGGUUAUAGUGUUAUAAGAAAAAGCUCAGUGAAACUAGUCAGCUACUGUAUAUUUCCCAGCAUUACAAGUUUAGUGUCAGCUGAUUCACAUCGAGCCUGUGAGACUUGAGCUGUAGCUGCAGAAAUCCUCUGCCCUAUGAAAAGCCUCUGUAGUCAUAGGCUCUCUCUGCAGCAGCAGCUGCCAUUGUCACUUACUCCGCUCUGAUGUUUGCCAGAGAUGUUCCAAAGCCAAGAGUGCUAAACUGGGCUCACCUGUCUCUGUCUUUCACUGGUCUGUAGUAUUUGCCAAAGAUCAUCUAAAACUAACAGCCAUCGUCUUUUGAUGAGGCUUGUCCGGUUAUAUCCUAACACCGGGAGAAUGUAGCUACGGGGAGACACACCUGUCUCUGCCUGUCUCUCACUAGUCUGUUGUUUUUGCCAAAGAAAAUACAAAUCACAAGAACCUUAGGGGUCUGUGAAGGUAGCCCACACAUAAUCCGGGGCCAAGAACAGUGUGUCAGGCUCAUCUGUCUCUGCUUUUUUAAUUCUUCUCUGCCAUUUGCCAAAUAUAUCUUUCUGUAAGCCAAGAGCACUCAUCUUUAGGCCAGCCAGCAUUGUUGAACGAUACCCAAACGGGGCAGCUGGAGCUGUGUGAAAAAUCAUCUGGACUUAUUAGAGGGGGAAAAACAAGAAGUCACAUUUCAUAAGCACUGUGUAAAUACCAUAAAUGAGUUUCAGGGUGUUAGACUCAGACAGACAGAGCAUAAACUGUGCACUCAGCAGCUUUGUUCCAGAUAAAAUAAGCUUCUAAUUAUAGUAACAAAUGACUCUCGAAUAAAUUACAAUCAUCAUGUUAUGAAACACAUUACCCGUGGGUCCCAGGCACAUUUGCCAUCUUUUCUUGCAGUUCUCACAUUAAAUCUGCGCCGUUAUCAGCUCAGAUUGGCCGAGAUAUAUUUGAAAUCAGCCAAUGACGCACUAGGUGUUUAUUUUUUGCUCUGAUUCAAGUCCAUAGACGGCCAGAGAGUUUGAAGUCCAGCCUUGAGGACAUUUGUGUGUCUUUUGGGGGGAACAGAAAAAUGUCUCUGUACUACUUUGCUGUACCUUACGUGGACCUCUGUCCCCACUGUUAUCCUCUUCAAUAUAAUCUCCUAAAAAUGUGGUUUUACAGCGGAAACAAAGGAGCACAUGGACUUGAGACGUUCAUUCAUUUUUGUUGCCAGCUACAUUUUAUGACUUUUGGUGUGUGUGUGUGUCGCUUUGGUUCUUGAGACAUGUCACUCAAGAGGUGUGUUUGGGAGGGUGUGCGUGAGUGAGAAUCAGAAGCGGAAAGAUGAACACCGAACGAAGAAUAACUAAGGUCAGUAAAUCUCGCCUCCCUGUUGGUAAAUCACUAUGAGUGAUAUUGACGCACUUUGAUAUCCGUAACACACUUAACAGUCCUUAGACCAGAUGUUGAAUAUGGAAAACACUUCCUGGUCCAGCUGUGGAUCAUUUUGACAGGCAGGCUGUCCCAGUGCUGAGUGCUGGACCGAGCCUGCGGGGCCGUCUCCUCCUUCUGUCCUUCUGUUUGAUGUUCUUUGUCUUUUUUCUGCUUCCUUAGAAAGUGUCUGUUCGCCGCCAGACUGAAAAAAGAAGCUUUUAUGUAGAAAACAAUAAACCAAGGUUAGAUGAACAUCUUAACUUGUUCUGUGUCUGUCAUCGUUCAAGGCGUUUAUUAACAUAUUACAGAUGAGCGUUGAUAUAAUAAAUGCAGAAAUUUAUAAUCUGAGACCAUAAUUUAGUGCUGGGUAGAUCUUUAAUCCUUAAUCUUGGUUCUAAUUCAUUGUUUCUGGGCCUCCAAAGAGUUAUGUGGUUGUCCUGAUCCACUUUGGACCCCCUGUUCCCCUCAGUUUCCCUUAUGGGGCCCCAGCAAGUACUAGCUUUGCCUCCAAGACAGAGAUUCCUAAACUCCCUCCACCUUGAACCCACGCUUGAAACAAUACAUUCUCCAUCUGAGUCUCAUGAAAUCACACCAGGGCUUUGGCUGGUUUAAUCUGUAUUGAGUUAUUGUAGAAAACCACUGAAAGCGUUUGACAUACCAGAUAUGACUUUGAUAAACUCAGAUUCGCACACGAAAUCGGUCGGGUGUUUUCCUCCUUCUCCUGUUUGGUGGUUCUUGUUGAGAGGUGUGUUUGUCAGUGAGCUGAAGUGAGAAUAAAAGCUCAUUUUGGGAGGUUAUGUGGUGCAGAAGUGUGGAAAUUGUUGUAUCUCUUCUGCUCUUGGCUUUGUGACAGAGUCUGUUUAUGUCUGUUAGUCUUGGUUAGCAACUCCAUGUGAAGUUUUAGUCAAUCUAAGGAGAAACAGAGCUGUAAAAGUUUAAAUUAGUUGUAAAAAAGACAACAUCUACAGUUUUACUACCCUAUGACUCUUGAGACAGCAUGGGCAGUCACACCUACUAACUCCAGCUCAAGAGCCAAACCGUUAAAUCAUGCUGUUGCGUUAUUGUUCCACAUACCUCCUUAAAAAUAUAUAUCUUUGCAUAAUUGUAAUGCGGCAUUAAAAAGCAUUCACAGCUGUUGGAAACAUCGAGGAUGAAUUAGAUGCUGUUAAAGUUCAGUGGCUUUUCAUCCACUUUCUUACCUUGAAAAUAUAAAUUUAAUUCAAAACUGUAUUCAUGCGUUUCAACAGAUACUCUUCUGCUUCGGUUCGGUUGUGUUGAAUGUUCCUGUUGGACACAUUGGCUCCUUUUCUCCUGCCCUGGUGAGGCUGAACCUAAUGGGCAUGUUUCCUCUCAUGGUCUGCUUUUAAUAAUCCUCGGGGUACCACUGCAUUGUUGUUGUAAAAAAAAAAAAAGGAGCUACUAUAAAAUGUUUUUGUUUGUUGCUAUGUGACCACAAGAAACACAGAACAGGAGCAUUUCCAUGUUUGUGAUAUUAACUCCUUUUUAUUUUUAUAGGUUUUUACAGAUGAAAAUAAAGAAAAUGUACUUAUAAAUGUAACGGUGAGGCUGAUUUAAUGCUUUUUAUACUAGGACAUGUCAAGUCUGGAUUUUUGAUUCCACAUCAGUGGGCAGCUAUACAUGUUACAGCCUCUUUCAAGAAACCCACAGCUAGUUCAAACCCUCAGGCUUUUUGUCUCGCCAUAUUGAUCUCUAGAGCGAACAAUAAAAAAGAUUUACAGCGUACAUGUAACAUAACUCUUCAUUCAUAAUGUGGCUUACACGGCGUGGAGUUUGCUUUGGAGGAAAGGGAAUAAAAACAUGUGCAGAGAAACAAUAGCUGAAAAUCAACAGUGUGCUUUUGAUUGUCAAACAAGUUUUCCUCAAAGUUGAUGUCAGUGAGUAAAGUUUUUGUAGUGAAGCAGCUCUGGUUCGAGCAGAUUUUUCUGCUUUGGUCUGGUCAGCAUCAACGCUAUUUUAGGAUCUCAUGUGACGUCAUAGUCAGCUGGAAGGUCUGUCUGGGCCUCAGUGGAGAUACUGGUGGGAGGUAGAGAAGAUAACACACACACACACACACACACACACACACACACAUACAUGCUUGUUCUUGGUCAAUAUGAGGACUUCUGCUAGGACAGGACAAACGGGGACCCUGCUUCCUAAAUUAGUUUAUUUCAUGUUUUUACCCUUCAGUCCUGUUCGAUGGUUCUGGGAUCCCGAAGUUGAUCCACACUCAGACCCACAGAACAACGAGAGAGCUGAUAAAGACAAGCACACCCAGCCUAUUUUAAGACCAGCUUUAGAUAAACUCACAUAUUGGUCUCUAACUAGCAAAGAAGUUGCACCUUUAUUUUCUGAUUUAGCCACAAAAGCAAACAAAUGUAACUCCAGCUACUGAACAGGAACACUUCUGAGAUGUAGCAUCUCAUUUUCAAAGGGGGUCACAAUCAGGUUACUGUGAUAGAGAUUUACUCCCACUUAGUGCUGAAUAGCAUGUUGUGAUCAUGAAUAGAAAAAGAAAUAGACAGUUCAAUGGUAUAGUGUGUCUGACCCCUUUUCAUUAUUACCUUUGUGUAAAAAGCAGUGACCUUAUUUCUACCAGAAAAAGUGAUAAUAAAGGCAGGACAGAGGAAGUGAAAGGGAGAGAGCAAAAGAAUUGAAACAACAGAGAAGAAAAGAAAGAAAGGAGAUGGACUAAAAACACAAAAUAACAGAAAAGGACAAAGAAACGCAUGUUUGAUUUGGGUUGAGAUAAAGUAUCUACAACUAGGAGACAAAAUGAUUGAUUUUUUUAGUGAUUAAGAAUUGACAGAUUUCAGGAUCAGGUUCUCCAAACUUACAUUGAUUUGUUCAACAUUCGCAUCAAAAGUGUUGCUUCAGAUGUAAGAUAUCACUCCCCUCUGUCCUUGGCAGGAUCGCAGAAGCUACCACAAAAAAAAAAAUAUGACAGGCGCUGCCAAGAAAUGUCUCUACAAGACAAAUUAGGUGCAAAUCUCAGAUAAGUGCAGGGCUCAUAAAAACACCAAACUGGAUCUGAGGCAAACGGGACCACAGCACAGCUAAAGAAAACUCAGUCAUGUGAAAUGGUCUUGUCAAGUCGGGGUUUUUCACACAUACAAUAUUUGGAAAUAUCUUCGGCAUAGUAAAUCUAAAAACAGACUUGGAUACACUCGCUGUGUCAGUAAAGCUUACUUGCAUGUGUAGAUGCAGCGGAGUAUAAAAACCUCCAGGACCAAACCUUCAUGCUUAAAUCAAUGUCAACCCUCCCAUAAUACAUCAUUGUGUUAUUAUAGUUGCGCAUUUGCUUGUGUGUGUGUGUCUAUGUGUGUGUGAACUGGCUCUUGUCCAUUCACUACUUUUAAUAAAUCUGUCACUCAAAUGGCAAGACACCUCAUUUAAAACCUCCUCGAUGAUAAAAUGGAAAAAUAUUUCUGUGUAGCUUUGCAAAUAAGAUAGACGGGCGUCUGAUGCUUUAAGCUGUAUGCAUUCAGUCGAUAGGUGUGUGUGUGUGUGUGUGUGUGUGUGUGUGUGUGUGUGUGUGUGUGUGUGUGUGUGUUUGUCAGCCUCCAGAACAGAUGGAAAAUGUAAAACACACCAUUAUGAGAGGUCAUACAUCCAUAAAAGUAUUGUUAACAUACUGACCUUUGCUCAUAAAAUCUAUAGUAGCAUGUUUGUUCACUGGUGUUACAAACAAAGCCCAGUCUGUGUCACUUUCAUCCAAACCCUUCCUGCUCCCCAAACACCCCAAAUUUGACUUCACACACUCACACACACAGCAGCCCCUCAUUGAUUCAGUGUCGCUGGUUGCUUGCUAGUGAAGCUGUCAGCUUGUCGGGGCACAGCCCUGGAAACAUAGGUCAAUGAUCUCACUCGAGUAAGAAUAGACUAGAGAGAUUAAACACAAAUGUGCCGCUGAGAACAUUAAACAGCCGCAUGGGCACAGGUCAUCUGAGAGGAGAUGAACGAGUUAUAGCAACCACUUCUCUAUGACAGGGUUAUUUAAUUAAGUUUAUUAAUGUGGGAAAAAUGUCGCAGAAUAGUAGAAAAAAACAUUAGCAAACACACCAUGAUAACAGUGAUAACAUGCAACAGGCUCAAUGCUAAGAAAUCAAAAAACAACAUCCAUAUGGUAAGGCUUGAGUUAUUAUGUUUGAAAACUGUAAAAAUUGAAUUUAGCAGCUGCUUUUGAUUAAAAAACACACAUCUAAGAGUCAGUACAACACAAGACAGGGUGAAACAACAUGAGUAAGAGACACAAACUGCUUUAAGUCUAAUUGGACAGAAGUGCUGACAUGCAGUGAGAGAUUUUGCAGAGUGUGUUGGGAAGCAUUUUUUAAAUCCCUGUUAAUAUCACCACCACAAAGUAUCAAUGACAAAAUAAUCAUCAUCUUCAUGAAACCUCAAUAUCAUCAGGGUAACCAUAUUCUGAAUCCCCCAAAAGAGGACGGAGUCACGGAGUCGCGCAUAAAUUUUGAGAGUUUUUUGGGUCGAGUCAAGUGUUUUUUAAGUGCUUCUAACUCAGUAGGUCCACAUGACACAAACUCAAAACUUCCAUACAAAACCCCGGACAUUUGAAGAGUUUUAAGAACUCCCCCGGACAAAGCCGGACAGCCCCCAAAAAAGAAGACAUGUCCUGGUAAAAGAGGACAUAUGGUCACCCUAAAUAUCAUGCUAACCAGUGCUGCUAUCAUCAGCAUCAACUCCAGCAUCAAACUAUCAAACUGCCAAAUGCAGAGAUGUUCACAAAGAGCUUCAUCUAAACUUUCGCUAAAGUCAAACAGGACUCUGCAGAUCAAAUGAUCAUUGACUAUAAAUCUCAUUAAAAUGAAAAUAUUGAGUCCUAUAAAAACCCAUAAUUAUCGUCUUGUAUAAGUUUGUGUAUCUCGAAGGAAAAAUGAUCCGAGCUCCAAUGAGGAAGCUACACGCACACGCAACCCCCCUGUGACCAGCAUUCAAAGAGAAGUCAAAUAAAUACGAGUAUGAAUGACUUUACUAAAAUAUGGAAAAACGUUUAAGCGCACCACUGUAACCGCAGCGUGCUCAGGGAUGUGGUAAGGUAUCAAAGCAAAACCAAAAAUGGCUGUCACCACAUAGAAUAGCUGGAGUAUUACUAACUCAGUCUAUGAACGGGCCGAUCACUUUAUUAUGAAAAACUUCCACAAAAGCGAAACAGAUUGGAGGGAGCAGACACGGAAGGCCUGACAGUUGACAUGCAACAUGCAACUCAACACAUGCAAAUUCAGACAUUGAGGAGAGGAACGGCAGCUGCUCUUAGGCUCUGAAUCAAAUCAGAGUCUUGGUGGAUUACUACACUGAUGAAGAACACACACACAUACACACACAUGAGCAGACCGGUUAGUGUUCCCCUUUGGUGUUCAAGAGAUAGACCUAUGAAAUGUCAUGUUUGUCAUUGUCACGCCGUCACUGUCUUUAUUGCGUCCACUAACUCUUUGACCCUGACACAUUUGAACCAUGGAGAAACAUUCCUGCUGCAAAGUGUUGGGUACCGUGAUGUUCCUCCGCUUAAAGAGACACCAAUGCUGAGCAGGAUCAUCUUAUUCUAGUGACGUACCAACUGCUGCAGCAUAAACAACUCUUCUUAAUAUCUGUCUGAGGCUCAGAUGACUGUACAGGAGAAGUAGGGUUACACCUCUCAUGAGCUGUCCCAAGAUCGUACUGGAUCCCAGGAACAUUGAGACCACUUAAAAAAGUGCAGAGUUGCCUCUUGAAGUUCGAGGUCAACUCAUUUAUAAAGUGAUUUGGUGUAAGAGAGGUAUAUAGAUGAAAAACAAGAGGUACACAAGUGUUAUUCUAGUGAAUUUAUCACCAUUUAUAAAGGGUGUGGUGCCCAAUAACAGCUAUAAUUAUGGUUUCUAUGCUAGUAUGGAAAAUAUGGAAAAGUAUGGAAUAAAUUUGAUCAAUUUCCAGGUAUUAAAAAAUAUGGAAAAUUAAAAAUAAAGUAUGGAAAAAUAUUCAUGUUUCCAGAUGAUUACCACGGUUCUAAAGUCUUCAAAAAUAGAAAAGUAGGUAUUCCAAAAAGUAGUGUAUGGUAAAGUAUGGAAAUUCCAAAUGUGUAGGAACCAUAGACUGUAGAUAGAAUGGACAGCUGUUUGCCUCCUCAUUGGGUGAAGCCACUCUGAGGACAGCACCCUCUGGUGACAGGCUGCAGUAUAUCAUAAAUUUCGCCUCCUCCAGCAAAGCUUAUGGGUCUGUGGACAAACUUUAGAAAUUAAUUACACAGAAUAAACAUUUUUCUCCCCCCUGGUUGUGAUGUUGACAUGUAGUUACUGUCAGACUGGUUUGUGCUCAAGUCCUCUUUUUUCUGUACAGCUCCGUUUUAAAGUUAUUAGGGGUUCAUGUUUUCUAUGAUUGAAACUUGAUACAGCCUAUGGGCGUACGAAGAUUGCGUAGCUCACUCUGGGGAAUACGCUGUUUGAGCCAAGUGUCAUUCCUGGCAAAUGCGCACAAAGCUACUGCGCAAGUGGUGUAGUGCGUACAAUGCUACUGUGCAAUGUUGGUUUCAGGAAAUGGAGAAAAAAACGCAUAUUUACCAAGAGCUUUUUGGCUUCAAAUCUGUAUACUGGCGGAAAGUGGAACCAAGUUGUCCAUCGUAUAUACAGUCAAUGAUAGGAACCCUGUUUAAUAGACACUCUAAACCCCUGAUCUGUUCAAUGAAUAGGAACUUUUGGGGUCCUAAAGCCGACUACUGGUCCUUCUUAUCAGAGUAUCUGGUAAAGGACCACUUUGGUUGGCAUCUAAAUUGAAAACUGGUCCAUAUUUAUCAUAUGUUUGUAGAGCCUAACCUAACAAUCCUUAGGAAAAGGGUGAGUGUAAAAUUAAACUCUGGUUCUCAUUCACUUCAUAGUCUGAGAGAUCCCACCUGCAAUGUAUUUCCAUGGUGGUGUUUCCAGUUAUAGCUCCAGUGUAAUGGAGGCUACUGCACACGUGAAUGCCAUCGGAGUUUUUGAAAUACCUACGUGUUGCCCUUCCUACUCUAUGUGCCUCUCGCAGUUCAUGCCAUCGGGGGGCAAGUGAGAUCAUUGCUUCCAUCUUCGCCAUCAGUGAUCCCAUAGGUGUGGCUCUGAUACGUGACAGUAUAGUGUGUCCAGGGAAAGCCAGGGCGACCAAGCUGUUCAGGGUGGCUCACUAAGACACAAAACAGGCUUAUUCGGAAUGUCUUUGACAUGCAAAGAAUUGUGAGUAAAUAUUUUGAAAGGGCAGGCCCACUUUAGCACCUUUUAGUCUGUUUAAUCGAGCUUCUCCGCAGACUUAUUUAAUUGCUUGAAAUCCUCAAUGCUUUUAGAUUGUGCCACUGGUGUUAAUAUCUUCUAAGAUCCUCACAUCUCAAAUAGAGGGGGACAUGAUGUUGAUUAAAGGACACCGCUGGCAAACAAAAGCUACAAGAGAAAUAAGAGACAGACAGGAAAAGGCCAAGCGUCUGAGUAGCUGUGUCUGUAGCCUGAUGUGUUUCUAGCUACCACGAGACUGUCGGUUCAAAUUUACUGAAAUGAAGGACAUGAACCUCCCUCAGGAAGUUUGUAGAAAGGCUGCUCUGAAAGGAAUGUGGAGCUGCUGACAUUCAAACGUCUUGAGUUACUUCACAGUUUACCUAACCUUUAAUUUAUGUGAACCCGGGUCUUUUUUAACAAUCAUAUCACCGACUUUGAAUCUUUGAUGCUUUGACUUACAUUUAUUUGUUCAGUGUGUGUAGUUAUGUCUUUGAGGACUUCAUACUAUUUAUGUAGGGGCUGCAAAAGAUGAACUGUAGAUGGAUAAAAAUUGGAUAUGUCUCACUUCAUUUCGCAGCAAUUAUCCACCGUCUUGCUGCAUUAACAUCCUUAUAAACCAGGGUCAGCUAUGACUGUAGUAAACAGAUAAAAUACCACGUAAAUAAAAAUGAAUAUUCAGAUGAACAUGAAUAUAAAGUCGAUAUCAAAUACUGUUGACAAAAGCCUGUGGGUGACUCAAGUGGGCUUAUUUCUCACUGUGGCAUCUAGAGAAACAAGCACCAAGAGUAUUGGGUUGAUUCAAGCUGUUAUGGAGUAAAAACAGCUGUCUUCAGAGGCAAGUGCACAUUAAAAUGAUCUUCAUCUUAAGUAACUGGAGUUUCACAUUUUAGAUGAGAAAGAGAGAGAUGCCCUCCUGUGAACCAAGUGGUUUUAUCACAGAUUUUAUCCUGUGAGUGUGUAACAAGAAGUGUUCCUCCACAAAAACAUCUGAUCUAUUUUUUAAACACUCAGAGUGACGAUGAUAAAGAAUCUCUGCGUUGCAACACGUGAAAAAAAAAAUGCAUCAGCUACUUAUCACUUAGUCUGACACUUUAUGCCUGCUGCGGGUUUCAAACCCUUGAAAUGACCUUGUACACCCUCUCUUGUUUACUUUUUGGGGUCAUAGAGAAGCAUCGGUUUUGAUUUCAGUCUGCGUCAUAACCAGCUAAAAGCUCCUCAGAGAUAUUUUAAAUACUGACAUGAGGUGUUAUUUGGAUAGCACACUCUUAACUCAUGCACUUUCUCUUCUCUUCCCUUUCUUCCUUUAGGGCCCCCAGUGUUCCCAAACCUCCUCCUGUGGCACCAAAGGUACUGUGAGACUGCAUGUUUGCGUUAUUACACACAUUCAAGUGCACAUCAUGUGUAUUUAUGGGUAAAAGAAAAUUAUAGGAUGUUCCUAUUUCCUUAAAGAGGCACAGUAGGUUAAAAAAUAUAUUUUAGACUUAUUAUAUAUUCUGUAACGUAAAACAUUUUGAUCUACAGCCUAAGUUAAGCCAGCUUCUGUUAGUUAGAUGCUGGUAUGCCUAUAACUGAUAAUAAUAUUAAUAAAAAAAUAAAAUAUUGAUAGUAUUACCACUUUAAUGAUGUGAUUUACAUCGUAAAAGCAUUGCCUCAAGAGCCUCUUAACCCCUGCUCAUGAAGUGAACCUGAUAAAUAAACCGAUCCCAGUAAAUCUUAAUUAUUGAUUUAUUUAGACUGUAUUAAAACUCACCUAGAAUACCAUGGUGUGCUCUAUGUGCUUUUCUGCAUUUACCCUUAUAAAAUGAUCCAUACACACUUUUUGAAGCACGUUGAUCACCUGAUUUUUGUUGUUUCCAGUAUUUUUGUUUAGUAUACUGAUGCUUCUUUAGGUCCAGAAAUGACCAGAUAAUAUUUCAUGAUGCUAAACAAAAUGAUUUAUCUCUAAAUGUAAUCAGAGUCUGUUAAACAAACUACAUCAAACACAUCCAUGAACUAUGACCUGAGAUGCAUCAGUAUAUGUGUGGGUGUGCUGUGUGGUGAUUUGUUGAUUUUGGUUUGUAUCUGCAUGUUUUUUUUCUAACGCCGAUAGGACAACAGAACAGACAUCAUAAAACCAGUCGCCCUCACCCACCCACCACCACCACAUCCUCAUCCUCACUCCUUCUGCCCCUCCAACUCCUCCACCGCCCCCUACAACAAGGACCCCAGACCUUUUGGGGUCUGCAGAGCAGAGAGUGAACACCCUCCCUCACAUACUCCUUAUACUCCCUUUAUUCCAUCCCCAUCCUCCGCCUUUACUCCCGCCUCCUCCCAGUCCUACAGCCCCCCUUUUCCUCCCCCUCCACCUCCUGUCUCUUACCCAACCUCAUCCUCUCCACCCUCCCCACCUGUCCUCGUCCCGCCCCAGCCAUCAGUUUAUAACACGCCAAUCAACCUCUACUCCACCGAGAACGCAUGUGAGGUGGCCAUGGGGCAGAGGCGGGGCCUGUUGGAGAGUCAAGGUGGAGCCUUGCCUUUGCAGUUUAAUGGGUGAGUGGUGUUUACUCCAAUCAAUCCAAAAACGAAUCCCACUCGAUAUUUUCCAACCCUCCUCUUUCUCCGUCUUGGUCUUGACUUUAGUCUUACAGACAAGAGUUGAACAUUGAAAUCACUAAACUUUACAAAGUCCUAAAGUUUAUCUGAGUCAGUUUAAAAAGGAUUAUAUAAUCAACAAAAGCAUGAAGCUCUGUCAUGGUCAACAAAGUUAGAUCAUGUUUUUUCAUGAUAAAAUUACACAGUCUUGCUCAGAGACUUAGUUCAUUUCAACUUUGGCUGUUUGGCUGAAAUCAUUUCUAAAAUGUCACCAGAAAUCAGACUUAAAUUUCUGUUUAUAUUUUGUUUGAAACAACAAAAUUAACAAAAGUAUUUCAGACUGUUGUGGAAAAAAAAACUGGUUUUAGUUUAACAAAAGGCUAAUCACGAAUCCUCCGUUUAUGAGUGUUUGUUGAUUCAAGAACUGAUUUGUCUCGGUAACUGCUGCCAGUUUUGUUGCUGUUUCUUGUUAAACAGUCAGUAAACAGAAAAACAGUCAGAUGCUGGUUUACUAUGUUGAUCUGUUAGCGGGUUAAUGGAAAAUCUGGGGGUUCAAAUAAGCUAAUGCUAAUGAAUAAGAAUAUGAAUAACUUUAUUGAUCCCCAAACGAAAAUUCAAUUGUCUGUCGUCUCAUUUGUCAUGUCUCUAGAAGUCAUCUACUAUUUACAGACUAAAUUAUAGGUUUUACACAUUAAGUUACGUAUAAGGCGACAUUUUUGAAUGCAGCAAAAUAUGUUUAAAAUUAAACAGCAAAAUUAAUUAAGAAUUCAAAUUAAAAGGGAGGAUGAAUUAGCCUGCCUGUGAAUCUCUUAUCCCAGAAAAUGAAGUCAGUUAAGUUAAUAUCCCUCGACUGAGGGCUGCAAUCACCCGAGGAUUUGUGAGUAAAAUUUAGAGGCUUUUCGUCUCGAUCUUUCAGGAUAUGUUACAUGAGCAUGUUUCAGCUCCUGGGAAAGCCAGACCUCUGGAAGUAGUUUACAUUUAAGAUAUGUUUGUGGUUACUGGAUGAUAAAAGUGUUAGUCUGCCCACUCUGCCUCCGACUUUCUAAGUCUGUCCUUCCUCGUCUUUAAAAUUUUAGUUUAUGGUGUUUUAUUUUCAUCACACCCGGGCUGCUGGUUCCCAUCUUUCCACCAUACCCUCCUUCGCCUUCUCUCAUUUUCUGUCUCCCCCUCUGCAGGCAUCGCGAGUGUAACUUUGCAUCCGUGUUGUGACUAAGCUGCAUAUAUAUAGCUAGUGUUGGUAACUUGAAGCUGUGUGGCAUUCUCUUUUUUCUCAUAGCAAAUUAAUCCGUCAGUAGAAGGUUUUAGCCUCGCGUCUUUGUAGAUUUACACAUGAACUGUGUGUCUUCACAGACUAACACUCCUUUUUCUUUCCAAUUUUUUGUGUUCAGAUUCACCCUGAAAAAGAGGGGCAUCUAUAAAUGGUUUUGAUUUAUUCCUGUCAAGAUACCAAGAAUGCUUUAUUUACUCAUUAUGUGACUCAUAAUUCCUCCAAUCAUCCCUUGUUUAUAUUCUGUCAGGGCUCCUUUCUUUGAGAGGUUCACCCACUAAAUGUCCGGUGGUUUUUCCUCUCUCUGUGAGAAACAGCAGACACCGGUCCUCUGCACAAUAUGAUCUUACAACACGCAACCGUGAACAGACAUGGACACACAAGCCGCAUUAUAUUUCACAGCUUUCCUCAAAUACAAAUGACAUUUAAUAACAAGCUUUAUUGGAGCAAGAUCUGGUGUUUACAAGACUUCUUCCUGCUUCUCCUCAUAAAAUAGUGUUUCUUUCUUUUUACAUUUUUACAUCUUCCAUGCUGUUAUUAUUAGCGACACUAUCCACAACUACUAAAUCCAGUUUGGUUACCCAUAGCAACACAAAAGUUAUAGUAAUAAAUACAGUAUGUUAAUAAAUAGUUGAUCCAUUCAUUCAUUCAUAUAUGUGUUAGUAGAAACGUAGGACAGCAUGUGUGUGCGUCUCCUUGCAUCUUGCCUGCAUGCUGUGAAUGAACUGUGUGGUUUGUUUGAGACGGGAUGUUUGAACUUUAACUUUAAUGUUUCUUCCUCUUAACGGGGAAUAAUUUGUGUAUAUCGGCGCUCUCUGUCCUUUCUCUCCUUUCAAUCCUUUUUCUUCUACUUUGCAGACCGGCACAGCUCCUAAAGUCACAAAGUUAGUCUCUGAAGCACGUGUUUGACUUCUUUCCUCUUCUUUUGCUUGUCUGCUUCUUUAGUCCUCUGUCUUACUGCUUCUGCAUGUGCCUACUUUGGAUCGCCCUGGAGAGCGUUACUCCUAAUAAUGACACCUUAUGGUUUAAUUACCUCUUUUCUAGCACAGACGCAUGCAGCUUACUGAACUGUGCCCCGUAUUUGAAGUUUAUUUUUAACUCGACUAUGAAUCAAAACAUUAUCACACAUACACACACUGUAUUGUCAGACACUUCCAGUGGACCUGUAAGUGUGUGACCAGGCUCACACAGAGCUGUCAACACCCCCACACUCACAUAGCUGCUGCAGUGACAGGAAUGUGUUGAGAGACCCUCAUAAAUCAGUCCAUUCUGUGUAGUAGGUGAGUGUGCGUGUAUUUAUAGGUGAUUUAUUGACAGCAGAGUCUGAAAAGGCUUCAAUGCCCCUCUGUGUGAAUGUGUGUGUAUUUGUCGUCAGAGCUGAUUUACCGGUGGCCAAUUAGUGAAACGCCCGCCAGCAGACUUUUUCUUGCGGAUACACACAUGUGCUGUUCAUGACGUCAUGACGACCACACCUUACAGCAGACGGAUACUGCAUGCUAAACAAAAAAGAAGUGCAUGUUUUCCACUGUUUCAAUCAUCCAAAUUAUGAAAGAUACCCCAAUUGAUAUCCAUACAGCUCAGCAGCACCACCUUGUGGUAGCUUGUGUUGAGGAUUCAUUAGUGAUUGAAUCUCUCACGGAUAUUUUGGCUGUUUUGCAUGCUGUAGCUUCUGCAGUUUACUUUCUCUCUUUUUUUUCUUCUUUCUGCACGCCAAUCUCUCUUUCACCUCGCUAAAUGAAUUUCUUUCUGUUCUCUCCUUCUCUUCUUGUCCUUUCUGAAAGUGGACCUCAAAGUAUUUUGAAGUAAGUCUUGUUUUAGAUCGUUCUGUCUGUAUGUGUUGUAUUUGUGCUGUUACGUCUUUUUUGUGUGUUUCUGACUGACUCUGUCCUGUUUUUUUUUUUCCUCUGUUAAUGAUAAUAAAGAAAACCUGCACCGCCAAGGUAUCAGACUGUUUAACACGGAGAGUUCAAAUUCAUUUAACAAAGUUUGGUGUGACACCCUCCUACUUAUUCAGGUCUAAUCAAAAUAGACUUUAAGAUCAUCCUCACUAUUUCAUGUAACCUGUAAUUUAAUGCCAUUUCUCUAAGUCAACACACAUCUAUGGACUGAGUAUGAAUUUCAAACCCCUUUAAAGAACUAAACAUUGCCUCACAACUCAGUGAUGGUCAUAUGUUAUUAAAGAGUGACUGUGAGUGCCUUCAUCUGAACUUCAUUUUUAAAGUAAAAGAGUUUUAGGAGGCAUGAAAUCACUGCUCCUCCCUGUUACUUUGAUCAAUAAUGAGAGGGAGAAUGUGAAUUUAUUAAACUCGGUUUGCUAAUAUCAUCAGUCCUGUCCUUCCAGAGUUCCCAGGAAACACGUCGUAGACACAGACAUCCACUUUUACCAUGUGCCGACUCACGCUGAUGCCAGCAGGAAGCGCAUAAUGGAGGACACAGAGGACUGGCGCCCUCGCACCGGCACCACCCAGUCCAGAUCCUUCAGGAUCCUGGCUCAGAUCACUGGCACUGAGAACGGUGAGUUAGGUUUUUGACUGAAGGGUGCAAAGUGACGACGCCUGCAGAAUAAACUCUGUACAGUAUCCACAAACAAACCCGCUGUGUAACACAAAUCCUUUAACCUUCCUCCUGUGUUAGCUUUUUUCUACGCACCCACUAUGUUAAGAGUCGGUUUUGACCCGUGUCUUAAAUCAGCUGUAAAUUACACUAAAAACAAUUCUCUAUCAUCCAAGUUGGUUCUUAUCUCUAGGUUAACUUGUGAGGCUUAAUUAUCCAUGAAAAUAUUGCUUAUAAUAGUUUUUGUAGUGGGUCUCAGGGCCUUUCUUUGUCAGUAUACCCCUCACACAGACAUCUAUACUGAACUGAUCUCACAUGUCUGGACAUGCUCGACGUUGUUUUUUGUGCAGGAAAUACGUGGAAAAAUGAGAAUUUCCUAAAUCUCACAUGAUUAGAAGAGGAUCUGACUGUCAGUGUGGUGCCUGACAGUGAACUUAUGAUUUUAGUUUUUGCUUUGAUUAUUAGAUAUUGAUCUAACCGGGUCAACAGCGACCCUAACACGACAAGAGCCAUCAUUUUAAUAAGCGCAUUUUAUAAUUUAGUCAAUUUAAUUUUUUUUAUUUUAUUUUGUUGAAAUAGAGGUUCCUGACAAAGUCAAAAAGUCUUGAUGCAAAUAAACUAAUUUAUGUGGUUCUUUUAAGCUUUUAAAAACAAAAACGGGUCGGUGCAGACCUUAACACAGGAGGAAGGAUCAGCAAGCUCUGAAACUGAGAAAUGAUCUGUAUCUCAUUGCACUGUGUAGCAAUGGAACAUAACAUACUGCUUGUCGAGGCUGAAAAUGUGAACUUUUUCUAAACUGGAGAGAUGAUCAAGAGACUCAUUAUCAUUUUGUUUUUUAAUUCACAGCUCCAGCAGAAGAAACUGACUCAGCCAAGAAGACAAAGUAAGUGCAAAUCAAACAUAAAGCUGAUUUUGGUUUUAAUAACUUGAGUAUCUUUGUCUUUGCAUCGUGUGGAGUAACACAACCUCCUUUCAUAAAUUGUAACACUAGUCGCCUCAAACAUAGAAAGCCAUUCUGACGUGAAUACAUUUAUGGAGUCAUUGGAAAUCCAGCUCCAGACCUCGGCGGCACAGGUCUGGCAGCUGUAUUGAUGGUGUGAGAGCUCCUUUCUUAUGUUUGAGCCACAAAGUCCAAAGCCAGACCACUGCGGACUCUAAAGUUUUAAAUUAUACCGCCCUCUCUGUGAUCACUGUGAAUUAUUUUGUCAUUCAUGAGAUGGCGUGUGCACUCAGAGUGGUUGUUGUUUGUGCAUUUUGGGGUUAGUGUGACAGUCUUUGCAUGUUGUACAAACCUGAGUCUGUGUUGUGGACCAUCAUGGCUGGAUUGUGUGAUGUGAUCCAUCGGCUGUUGGUCGCUCUCUUGGUUUGUAGCGAAACAUCUGAUCACCGUGUCCCCGUGAUCACUUGUGUCCACAUGACAUGUUGACAUUCCUGCCGUCUGAGUGUGUCGGUGUGUGGCUUCAUGGCUGAAUUGAUUCAUCGUUCCUGUUCAUGUAGACUCUGAGUCAUGGGCUGAAUUCUGACCUGGAGUAACCGUUCUGACUUUCCCUCUCUGUGUAUUGAUUUCUGUCAUUUUCUGAUGCUGACAGCUAAGCUUUCCAUCUGAACCGCACCAUCGACUUCCAUGUGAAUCACCAGCUUCUUGUUUGUGCUAGCAGCUUUUCUUUCUUGUGGCAUGGCUCACCGUGUGUCUAACUGCAGGGCAAACACUCGACUCCAGCUAAAUCCUCUUUUCUCCUUUUCUCUCUUCUGGUGUGUUUUCUCUUUUUCUCCCUGUGGCGGCAGAGCGAACAAGACCACCACUCGGUUGGUGAUUGGCCCCAAGUACGGCGAGCUGAGGGACUGGCACCACGGAGUGUCUGCUCGCACCCUCAAUGUCCAGUAGAGUGUGUGUGUGUGUGUGUGUGUUUGUGUGUGUGUGAGAGAGUGUGUGUGUGGAGGUGUGGCUGUCUACCUUUUUAUGUGUGCAUCGUAUCAGUUUGACUUCUGUAGGUGGUCACUUCUGUGACUAUUGAGGGUAAAAAGUUUGUGGAAAUAAAGAAACUGAAGCCGAGAACAAUGGAGCGAAAACUUAGAAAGAAACAGUUGGAGUUUCUCUGUGUCUGCUUGUCUCCGUGUGUGUGUGUCUGUGUGCGUUUGUGGGUGUGUGUGUGAGUGAGUCAGCUUGUCCCUUACUGUUUUUCAAGUGCCUGCACUGGCUCACUCAGACGUGUUGCCUCUUUGCUUUGAUACUCCACUGAUUCCAUCACUCAAGGUGUUCAUCAGAUGCUUGAAUAUUCAAUAUGUUAUUGGUGUUGUCUCCAUUCACUCAACAUGCAUGAACUUAGGUUUGCUGAAAGCACUCGUGUGCUCCUUUUCGUGUAGACAGUUUUGAUUUACAGUUCCAUACAAUAUAAUAUGGUACAUCACACCUUAUUUCGCUUGUAGAUAAAUGUAUUUUAGACUCAUGAGCAGUAAACCAAUGGUUUAGAUGAGGAAAACAUUUGACAUGUUGUCAGCUGAGUCCAACUGUGUGUGCGUGUUUUUUUGCAGCAGUCUUUUAAUGCAACAGAAAUGCAAGACAAGUCAGUCAUAAUUUUUAAUAGAAGACUCGUCCGAAGUUGUCAAUCUGAAUCUCCUCCAAUCUCAUUCUUCUCUACAUGUACAUGUUAAACAUACAUUGCAUACUGACUUCAUGUCCUGUAUGUUUAUGUGCCGUAUAUCUCAACAUCUAGAGGCAAGCUGCCAAACUGCUCUGCAUUAAUUUGCACUGACAGCAUUUUAUUGAUUAUUUCAGCUUCAUCAGCCUCACGGGAAACGACACGAUGUUACACAGUGAGCCAAUAUGAAAAUAGACAACUUACCUUUCUGUACUAUCAGAGAAGAAAACAUGAAAACAGGGUGUCCAACCCAUAGACUGUAUAUAGAAUGGACGUGUUCUGCCUCCUCGCAGGGUGAAGCCACCGCGAGAACAGGACCCUCUGCUGACGGGCUGCAGUAAAUGUCAUAAGUCCCACCUUCUCAAGCAAAGUUUAUGGAGAUAUGGACAAACUUUAGAAAUUAAUUACACAGCACAUAAUUUUUUUUUCCCGUCUUGGGAUGCUGACAUGUAGUUAUUGUAAGACUGGUUUGUGCUCAAGUCCUCUUUUUUCUGUACAGCUCAGUUUUUAAAAGUUAUUAGAGAGUUCAUGUUUUCUAUGGUUGACACUUGAUACAGCCCAGGGCGUACCAAGAUUGCGUAGCUCACCUGGGGAUUUGAUGUUUAAGCCGAGCGCCAUCACAGAUACUCUCGGCAACUUUCUUGCCAAAUGCGUACAAUGCUACUGCGCAAUGUUGGUUUCAGGAAGUGGAGAAAUAUCGCAGAAAUACUGAGAGCUUCUUGGCUUCAAAUCCGUAUACUGCAAAGGCAGAACCAAGUUGUCCAUAGUAUAUACAGUAUAUGGUCAAACCUGUUGUCCCAGAUUGCACCAUAUUACUACAAUAUUGUCCUGUCCUUGUCGUCCUCUGUAGCUCAGUAAUGUAAAUGUGAAAAAGUGUCUAAAUGGGGUUUGUUCAAGGAUUCUGUUUAUUCAGAUAAACCAAAAUAGCACAUCCGGUAAAUCUCUGAGUGUUAGUUUACCCAGACAGCACGAUAAAAAGAAGUUUUGUGCUCCUGUUAUGAGACUUAUUUCAGACCUUUUAAAAGCUUUAAAGGCUUGUUUACAUCACUUUUAUCUGCUAUAGUCAUUGUUUAAAGACAAAAUGGCAUGAAAUAGUUUCAAAUCUGAAAAUCUUGUUUGCAUGUAUGUCCUGUAUAUUUUAACUAAUGCCUUCUGUGCUAAACUGCUGUGGUGGAAAGUUACAGAUUGGAGCUUUAAGACAUUUGUGUUGUUUAAGAUGAAGCAAGUGAGAAGGGGUUCUAGCAGUAAGCAGGCUGGUUAGCUUUGACGGUGGAAAAGUGUGUGUAUAAAUGCUACAAAUGGCUUGUAAAACAAAGGUAUUAUUUUGAAGCACUUACUAUGUAAAAUAUUUAUCUUACACUGCCUAAUAUUGCCUUUACAUUUAUUAUAUCCUUAUGUUUACUGAGAUAUCCCAGUUUAAACUUUCUUUUUAGAUCACAGUUGUGUGGUGGUUUUAACAAAAGUGAAAAUCAAGUGCCUGUAUCUCCUCCGUGUGUUGAGUUUACAAAACUAUUACUCCAUAUAGUCGAGCUAAUAAAGUCUUUGCCUUUUUUCUUUCUGACUCUUGUUUUCUUCCUGUGCUCUCUUCUUCUUUAUUGCCUUCACUACCUCUCUCUAGUCGUCUUACUGAGUCCGAGACAAACAGUCUGGAGGUCAGGUAUAAACCAGCAUCUGAAGUACUCACGUCUGUUUUCAUCUCCUCACUUCUAACAUCCAAUAGUCCCACAAAAAGAAGCCAAUUAUGAAUAAAACAAAUGUCACUUUUUUACUUAAAGGCAUGGUUGACGAUCUGAGAAGCAGUUGAAAAAAACUGAGCCGUUGAGGCAGAUUUGAAAAAAGCAUCCCACCCCCCACACACAGACCUCUCCCCUCUGUGCUUCACGAUCACUCCUCCUGAACCCAUAUCGCCCUCCCCACGACACACCCCCUCUGGCAGAGCAAGAAGCCGGCCGGCAGAAGAUCCUACGCUAGCUUCAAAUAGGAUUCACAAUGUCGGAUUGCUAGUAACUAGCAGCAGUAAACGCCAGAUCUGCUAGCAAGCAGCGUCUGCAGCUGCCUGGAUAGCUACCAUGUUGACAUUGCAGCAACUAAUAAGAGUUUUUUUUUGUAACGUGUCAAAAAUUACCUGUUCAACUAAAACUCUGCUGUCUCAGCGUCUGUUUUCAGGCCCAAAUCCUAGCAGAGCUUUCUCCACUACUACUGCUGGUACCUUGGUCACAUUUCCUCUUCGACUCUGCCCUUUCUUCUGUCUUCUGUCAGCUUGCGUCUUCUUAGCACUUUUUGCGGCGGGGCAAGCAGAAGUGUUUAUUUUUUUGCAUCCUUCUCCAUCACAGCUCCUGUAGCUAAGCUGCUACGCUACUUUUAGCCACUCAGAGCUCCAAGGAGGGCCGGGAGAGAGGGAGGGGACGAGUCGGAACUACAGACUAGAGGGACUACUACUAGAGGGGUGUGUCGAAUACAGAAAGGUGAUCAGAUGGAAAAGCAGAGCAGGAGAUUGACCAAUAGGAACUGUCCGGGACGGAUGGCUCCCAUUGGUCAAUGUUUUUGCACCCCUGUCAGGGUGAACAGAUUUUUUUCCGUUCUUUUUUCUCUUCACUUUGUGGAGAUCGCGCUAUAGGACCAUGAUCGCCAUAUAAACAAGGUUCAUAAUAAUUACCAAUCUCUCCAAUCAUCAACCAUGCCUUUAUUUAUGGUAACUAAUCGACUGCUUUUGCAUUUACGGUUUGAAUCAUUAACAAGUGUUAUUAUGCAACACAGCGGUUAAUGCACUAUGAAUCCACUAGCGAUGAUUGUUUUCUUCACACCCCGUUUUAACCAAACUUCAAUCCCCCAAAAAUCCCACUUCAAAGAGCUAAAUACUAUAAUACUCUGUUAUCUGCCAGUAACAGAUACCCGCCGCAUCAAUCCUCUAGCCAAGCCACCAGUGAUGCAGAGGCUACACCCACCUCCGAUUACAUGACCAUACACCAAACAAAGCCAGGCUCAGAGUCAGCACCGCCCAGUGAGGAGAAACAUGACAGCAUGUUGAGAAAUGAACACCAAGACAACUACACAUCCUCUGCAGCACCUCUGCAGCUGGUUGCUUUCCCUGUUUCAUAUUCAGGAUCAAUCGACAUGUUUUGUCAAAUAGAUCAGACUCAUUUGUCUAAUAUGAACAAUCCAUUGGCUCCAGUGCUGGUACCUUUAUCGUACUCCGGUUCAACACUAAGUCAGAAUGCAUCAUCUCAUACCCAGAGGCCGUGCGACGUUCCUCUUCAUGCUGUGUUUCCACAGUAUUUUGGUGGAUUACCUGUUUUUAGUGUAAUACCAGCUCAAGAGACAUACUUAUCAAAUGGAGGUGACCCCCCAACAGUUAAAAAUGAAACACCAGAGGCUCCUUCUCAUGACUCUGUCCCUUCACAAAGACUCCCAGCUCCGCAUAGUCCCCUGAUGAGCUUUAAUCUGCAUACAGAAAGGUAUAUAAAGCUUUGAAUGAUCCCCAAAUACUCACAGCAUCACCUCGAAUCUCUUACAACUGACACCGUAAUGAGUAUUUUUUUGUCUUAAUCCAGUAGUGCCCCAUUGACACCACUAGAGGGCAGCAUAGACUCAGAAAAGCUCAGGUCCAUCAACCAUUUGGCAGAUCUUAUUGGUGCUGAGUUACAUGGACAAACUCCAGAGUUCCUGAAGGCAGCACAAAGUCAGCUUGGCCUUUCUUCUCAGCACAGGUGUUGUACAACAUUUUCAGCACUUUCAUGCACACGGAGUAAACUUUUCUGUGACAAGUCAUUAAAAUGCUUCUGCUAUCUUUUCAAUCUGUGAUGUCUGUCCUCCAUCUGUCCUCACAGCUUUCCAGUUCAAGUCAAUAAUCAUCCGUCUCAUUUCACAUCCACAAAUCACCGUGCGAUUCCUACCAAACCUGUCAGGUACAGAAUAACAAGGGUUUUACCUUAACCUUGUAGGAACUGUUUGUGAGUUCAGUUUUGAAGCAUGCUAACUUUGUAAACAGUUCGACCCCAAAUUUAGAAAAGUUAGACCACUGUUUAAAAUGUUGAUAGAAACAGACUGUGACUGCAAAUCAUUUAAAGCCUUUAAUUCAUUGAAAGUAGAGUUGCUGGCGUAGCGGUCUAUACCACCCCAUAGACAGACAUCAUGUCUCUGCCAUCAUGAUGCAUCUUCUUUUCUUUCAGGAACACACUGUGAAUGUUUGAGAAUUAAGGAGACCAGUUUCUGGAGUUUUUAAAGUAAAAUGUUGCCUAAUUCUUGUCUGAUAUAGUAUUUUAACUCCUUAACAGUCUCUAUGUUCCUAAGACUGGAGCAUUUCCGGUUUUCAAUGUGAAUGAAACAGUUUGCAGAACCACCUUAGCACCUAAAGAUCACAGUCUUGCAGGGUUGGUCACCCACAAAUUCUUUUAAUUUACAUACCGAAGAGCAUUUUCCUGAAGCUGUUGAACAGUUUCAUAGCUCAGUCUCAGUGAACCAUUUGCCUAUUUUCCCUUGUUAGAGACUUGGCUUCUCUUGAAAACCCUUUUUAUAGCCAGUCAUGUUUCUGACCUGUUACAGAUAGUUUGGAGAUGUUCUUCAAGGUGAUUAUUGUUCACAUUACAUAACUGUCACUUUCUUAUAACAUGUUGCUGGUAUCAAACUUAAUAUAAACAUAUAUGUUUUCAUGAAACAAUAGAUUUUUAAUGUUUUAACAUUUCAACAUAGUGUCUUUGCUCUAUUUUGAAUUUUAAAAAAUGGUUUUGAAGGAUUUGUAAACUGUCAAAAUCCAUCUUUUUUUAGACUUGGAUCAAGUUGUUCAUCCAGCUUCAACUCAGCUCCUAUUAAAGGAUUUUUAACAUGUUACUUUACUGGCAUGAAAGUCUGUGGAGCAACUUUGGCGAAGUCCUGGAUGAACAAGUUUAUGCUGAGUAUUUUUUUCCAUGUAUAUGUUGGUAUAUGUAUAUAUAUUUGUGUACUCAUACACAGGAGAGAACUCUUGUCAAAUCCUUUGGACUUCCUGCCCAGAGCGGCCCCCUGCCCUCCUCUUCCCAACCACAGUGCCCCUAAUAAGCCCCCACAAAACACACAUAAUGUGCAUCACAGUCCAGUGCAAGGGAGGUAAAAGUUAUUUUACUCUUUCAAAACUCCCCUUCAUACUUAUCUUUUGAUAAAACCAUCCUUCCUCCUCCUCCUCUUGAAUAUGUCCUCACUGUGUCAGACCAACCUAUCAGAGCAGCCCCCUGCCCCCUGAGAAGGCAGUAUCUCAGUCAUUAUUGGACGCCCUGCUCAUCACUCCCAUCCUACAAGCUCCGCCACUACGCUUGAGGAAGAAGAAGAAGAAGCGUCGCACUGUCAGUGAGCUGCACCUGCCCAAGAACAAGAGGUAGUCAGGGCGGACCUGGACAAAACUUGAUUUCACUUUGUUACCAUGGAAACUGGGUUUGACGUCUUGGGAGUUUGUGUUUGGCACAAGCAUGAAAACCUAAUAUGAUUGUUUUUUUUAUUUUCAAACCUUUAGUUUAUAGUUUUGUCCAGGUCUGAGCCCAAGAUGGAGUGAUGGUGAUUUAAUCUACUUCAGAAAUAACACUGAAAAACUAAUUGACUUUGUGUAAUGGUGUGAUUGGACGCAUGCAGCUUAACAAGGAAAGUCAACUCAAGUUUAAAACACUGACAAAACUUAAAGAUGAAAGUUGUAAUAAAUCUUUUAAGUGGAGUAAAAAAAAAAACACGAUGCACAGUACAUCUAUUUUUAAACCCCGAGUUCAAACAGAGCUAUAGUCCACCAAACGUUCCUCUCAUGGCAGUCAAAGUCGUGCUUGGCCCGUCCAUGCCAGCACCAAAAGACACGCUCCAUAUGUCUCUGUGGAGACAACUCACACCAGCUAUGACAUUCUGUGGUCACUGUGAAACGACUUGGCAGCAUCUCACACAGAUCACUCAUUGGCUAGUGGGCACAACUGUACACAUUUAGACCGUGAAGUAUGGAGAGUGUGUGUGAGAGAGUUUGAGUGGGUGUCUGGAUGGAUGGAUGUCUUUGUUAUUGUGUUUGUGCAUAUAUGUGUGUGUGAAUGCACACGGUGCAUGGGUGGUAUAGUGUGUGAGCGUUGAAUUUGAUCCAAAGAAUAUCACAGGGGCUGAAUUAUAGACCAUCUGUUGUGUGGAAGAGAGAGCUGCUGGACAGCAGUCAGAUAUGUUAAUGGACCAUUUGUUCAACGCUCAAACCAAACCAACGCAUUUAGGAGAUGCACAAUACAAGUUCAUGUCGGAGCUACAGCACACAAGGGGUUACUUUACAUAUGUAAACAGUUGGGGGAGUGAAAAUGUACCCUUUUUGCCUCAUUAUCACUUCAUUCCAGCAAACAAGUGCUGUCUUUUAUAGACCGAACACAAUGCUGAAAACAGACUGCAGGUUUCAUUCAUGAAUAAGUCGAACACAAAUCAGGGAAGAUACAGACGCAUGAUAAGACGCCAAAAACCUAUUCCUCUCUCCCUCCUUCCUUCUGCCAUGAGUCAACAAGGUUCAUAUGUGGCGCAGUACAUCCAGAUGGUCAGCACGCUAACCGGCUACUAUUGAAUCAAAGCAGCAGGGCCCCCAUCAAUCAACCAAUCACAGCCCUCCAGGAUACAAUUAAGUCCCCAUGUAAUUGUCCUGAUUGGUGGAGAAUAUUAACGAGCUGUGCUGUAAUUGGCUCUAAUGAAUGAAUGACUCGGGAGCGUCUUAUUUCCUGCUCUACUUGUCACCUGUUGUUAUCCAGUUAGCAUAGCUAAUGUGAAUGCAUGUUGUUAGCGUCUCUUUGGCCUGGAUAAUGUGAAUAGAUAGCCCUGUAUCCUUAAGUCUCAUGGAGGGUAAUAGCUUAACGGCCACAUAUGGAUGAGCUCUUUCCUGUUCUUUACAGUGCAGUUAUUUAUCUUCCUGUUGAGUUUAAGAGCUAGACUCUUUUUAUACAUCUCUGUUUUUCCAACUUUGGGGUGUAAUGGUUUCAAUUUAAGUGCAACAACCUGAUGAGAAGUCAAAGGAAAAGAGUCAGAUACACAAAAUCAACUUAUUUUUCCCUGUUUUUUUAUUUAUUUAUUUUAAACUCUUCUUUCCUUUAAAUAAUGUAAAACCUCCAUUUUUGAGGAUUACAGACAGGGGGCCUUUGAGUAGGGGUGGUGGUACUAUUGGUCUCUUCAAACUUUGUUUAAAAGUUAGUGUGUAAACAAAACUUGUCUCUCACGUUAGAGCUUCAAGAAAUUAAUGUGUACCGUGUCCUCCUGUCAGACUCCCGGGACAUAGGAUGAUAAGCAGAUAAUGAGAACGAAGACAGAUGCCUUGCAGCCUGACAGUCUCUUUCCUAUAGAGAGUACUUAGACUGGGACUGUGUCGGCUGAUUAGUUUGAAUCAAUGCUAACAUAACCAUCCACUGGAUGCAUUUAUCACAGCCCUUGUCAAAGCAUGGAAGCUGAUGUGUUUAUUGGUUAACAGUGUGAGCAUCAAUCACAUAACCCUCUAACAGUUUUAUUUUGUAGUCCAGGAUUGAGUGUUUUUGAUGUAACAUGUUUAACAUGGUUCCAUCAACCACCUAACCAUCUAUCUCUGCCAUUUUUUGUUUACAGUACGAGUUGUUUCUAAGACUUAUGUCUUAAUUUUCUUAUAUUUUCCUUCUCCUGCCAAAGGGUGUCUUGGCAUCAGUCAGCCACAGAGGAGGGAGACCCUCUCUUCUCCUCUCCUGUCAAUGCUGUCUAUGUCUUUAGGUAAAUAAUAAAUCCUAUCUUUAUUUUGUCUGGACUUGCUAGCCUUGACUCUUUAAGCUCUAUUGCUAAGGUUUCACUUUUAUUUUGUUGAUGUUUUUCAACCUCUUUACCCCUUAAAGGGAUAUUCUGGCGUCAAAUUAAUUUAGGGUCAAACACACCUUAACCCCAAGUUAGAAACCCCCCUCGAGAGUUGAAUGAUGCCGACCGCUUGCUUCUCUAGUUAUACCAAAUUUAGUAACGACCGCACGAUAGCAAUACACAGUGGUCUGAGGAGCCACAUACAAACCAAAACCAAAACGCCACUCUAUAGCCACAAAUAAUGCUCAGAACAGCACCUAACUUCAUCAACAGUACAUACAGGGUCCCUAAUUUCUUUAGCAAAGGGACUAAACACACUUUACACAGUCUACUCUAGCAGCCGCGUAUUUGUAGUGAGACCUCGGGCCAGUCCAUUACGGACUGCAGUGGGGCGACGCAGCUCAACGAUGAAUAUUUAUGAUCAUUUCUUCAUGGAAAUCAGACCAAGACACUAAGGCAGAAGAACUACUGCGUCUGCAGUGCAAAAUGAUUAAUAUAAUGAUUAUUACUUCAAGGAAAUGAUAAAGAAAUGAUCAUAAAUGUUCUUCCUUGUGCUGCGGCACCCCGCUGUAGUCUGUAAUGGACUGGCCCAAGGUCUCACUACAAAUAAGCGGCUGCCGGAAGAGAGUAGGUGAGUUGUGUUUAGUCUCUUUGCAGACUAAAGACUAAAUAAAUUAGGUAAAGUUAAAAAGAUGGUUGGUGGCUAGUGCUGUGGCUGGGACCCUAUAUGUACUGUUGAUGAAGUUCGGUGCUGUUCUGAGCAUUAUUUGUGGCUAUAGAGUGGUGUUUUAGUUGAGGCUUGUUUAUGGCUCCUCAGACUGAUGUGUAUUGCUAUCGUUUGGACGUUACUUAAGUUGGUAUAACAUUCAUCUCUCGAGAGGGUGUCUAUCUUGUUGUGUUAAUUUUAUGCUGGCAGAUCCCUAUAAUUAUUGUAUUUUCAUUUAAAAUACUAAAAUUGACAUUUCUAAACAUUUGUGUUCUACUCUUUGACCUCUCUUUGAGAAAAUUGCAAAACCAAAUUUUUCUUUUUUUUACUGUCUUUUUAAGCCCACACUAACAUAUUGAAGCGCUCAUUCCAAAAGCUUGAAUCAGGAACAGAGGGAACUCCCUGCUCUUUAGGGACCGUAUAAUGUGAUGUCAAAAUGAAGCGUCCGCACAAGUAAUAUCACAGCAGAGCUAGGGAGGACAACCAUGCAAGUGUGACAUUCCUUUUCUAUCUUUCCCUCCGUGUCUGUCUGUCCACUCCUCACUCUAUCUGUCACCGACUCGACCCCUCUCUCUUCCUAUUCUCUCUCAAUCACACUAAACAGUCAAACACAACUCGUCGUAACUAUGGCUGCAGUUGCCACAACACGUGUCUCCCAUGAGUCCCCCUGAACAGCCAGGCACAAGGGGAGGACAGCAGUGAUCCAACUGUUGGCGUUUGCUGGAAAAAUGCAUCAUGGGUGGAAUACGUCUGGGGGGAAAGAGAUUGUUGGCCCACCCAAGCUCCUCAGCUGGUGCGCAUACUUAAAAACACACCAACGUUUGUGUUACUCAUAGAGAGGUUAUUCAUUUGGCGUCAUUUCAAAACGCAGUGGAGGGUUUGAAACCCUUGGGUCACAUUUGAUAUAAGAGCAGAGAUAUUUCACUCCUUUUCAACAGAAUGGCGGGCAUAAAACCAGAAAAUUAGUCCUUUUGCAAUCCUUGAACGAAACCUCGAAGUGCUUCUGUUGCUUCAGAGAGACAUGAGAUGAACCCAACCAUUGCUAAAUGUCUUUUGUUAUGUAUAUUUUUCAUUCAGUCAGAGUAACUGGAGUUCAAAAAAUAACUUUUGUGUGAUUUAUGAGUAUUUCUUUGAAUAAUGAUUGCUUUUCGUGUAAAAUAUUGGGAUGUCUAUUGUCCACUUGUUGUGUAGGUACGCUGAAAUGUAAAUCCAAACACAAUCCUCAGAAAAUUUUUUAUUUUUUAUUCUUUAUGUUAAUCUGAAAUGUCCCAGUCGACUUUAGGCAGGCCUGUCCCGUCCCCUGAUGAGUCUUUGUUCUCGGUACUCAGAUGGUUCAAGAUAACGUGUGUUUACAGAAUAUUCCUUUAGAGACAAACCAGGUCUCUGUGGACCACCACUCUGUUCGGCGAAUAUGAACCAUGUGCAGCAGAAAUGAAGUGCAGACAGCUGAGAAAUACUCCUGGUCCUGUGAGGUCAUUCGCUCUACGUCAUCACUUGAAUUAGUGCUCUGGCACGGUUUGAUGAAAUCGCCUCUGAAUUUUACUGCCGUCCGUCUUUAAAUUACUCAGCCUUUGACCCAAAUGAGAACUUCAGUUUUUAUUUCUUGGAGCACAUGAAAAUGGACUGCCAAUGCUGCGGUGGGAACUAAUUCAUCUCGUCUCUUUGUGUCCAGUACUUUGGGGUUUCAGAGGAGACAUUUAGUCUGUAAAUCAACUCGCAUACAGUAUUUCAUAACUUAAUGAUCAUAUGAUCCAGAAUUAAAACGGUCUGACUGUAUAAGACUAUAACAGCUUUGUGUCCUCUCCAUCGUUUAUGGCAGUUUGAAAUCUAUCUGCAGUUCAUCUAGGCACUUUUGUUCAUUACACUCUGCUAUAUUACUCUCCUGUGGAGUCACUUACUUUCUUAUAUGUCACUAAAUUGAUAUUCUGGCGCUGGUUUUAAACGGGUGUGCUAUAUAUCAGCACUGUGUGGACUUACUCGUCUCCUAUCCAUCAUCGUCUUGGUGGCCUGGACUCUGUUCUGCUAUGACAGAGCCACCGGGGCAACAUUUCUGUGCACGCUGUAGAAAGGGCAACAUGAAGCUGAGUACUGUACUGUUUUGGCUGUAGCCACAGGCUGUGUUUUGGUUAGUACCAUAUUUGUCUCUGCUCUGUCAGCAGGUAGGUGGUCUGGAGUCUGUCAUACUGUAUUUUGACAGGAACUUGAAACAUUUCCCUGUGCUUUCAAUUUUUUUCCCUUUCAUUCUUGUCUUUUUUUUCUAGUUAUGAGUCUAUGGGCUGUAAGAGAAAUCACACAGACGAUGACAGCCCUGCAGAUAAUAAAGAAACUAAUAUACAUAACGCAGUGGGUGUCUGAAGCAGCAAUUUUCUACCACUGUAUGGCCCAUAGCUCAAAAUUAGAAGAAUGCAAAUGUGUAGUUACAAUAUUUUUGUGCAGUUUUAGCAGAGAAAAUUGAGUUCAUGGAGGAUUUGGGUGUUUGGUUUGAUUAGCAUAUAAUUUCUGUUUCUACUUUGUCUCUUUGUACAGUGAAGAAGGAGAAGAGCCAGAACUCAACAGCCACGAUACAGCAGUUGUCAAGACGAUGAUUAAAGGACCUGCUGCGACUCACGGUAAACACAGUGUUUGUGCUCCAUCCUCUACUGAGAGUGAUAGACACGCCAACACCUAUGUCAGAACGAUAAGUAGUUUGAGUUGAAUGUUUGAACCAUAGACAUAAUAUACAUAGAUGCCUCAAAGCCUGACAUUGCCUAUUGGAGCUCACGUAUCAGCACGGCCGCCGUCUUGGAUGGGUCCCCCAUGCACCUCCAGUGCAUUUAAGUAGGUAGGAAUGCCCAACCAUAUUAAUAAUAACUCUUUGAAUCUCUGCCCGAUUUUCACACUGUUUGGUUUGUUACAGCGGCAGGGAUGUAGCCAUAAUGUGUUGGGUUUUUCAACCAAAAGGGCAAAAAAACGGGCAUAGUUGCUCGUUCUCCAUUGACCCCGUUUGGCUCUUGAGUGAGCCUGGACUGGGGAGGCCCAUCCAAUAUGGUGGCGACGCUGGAUUACGCUCCAGCACGUAAUGAGGCGUCUACGUGUAUAAUGUCUAUGGUUUGAACAGCAGGUAAGAGCUCAAUGGGAUGUGUGCAUACAAUCAUCCAUGUACAAACUGUUUAUGUGCCCCCUUCUGGAGAUAAUAUGCAACUACAAUUCCAAAUCGCAUCCUGGUUUAGUAGCCCUAUAUUCAGUCACAUUUUACUGUCAGCUCUUUUUCUCUUUUUGUAUAAAAUUUGAUUCAAAGAUGUGAGACCAAACCACGGUUGGCAUGCCUUCUAAAGUCUGACUAAACACAGUUCUGGGUCAGUACGUCAAAGAAGACAACAUUUAUCUAUAGCACAUGGGCUCGAGUGAUAGAAUUACAUCUCCACUCAUGGAGCCAAUUGCUGCAUGAAAUCUGUGGAAUAGCGAAGCUGCCAAAUCCAACAGAAGAAUAUCUGUAGGGCUGUGCGUGUGUGUGCUACCAUGAAGGCAUGUUGAGGUUUUUUUUCUUUUCACUAAAUUAACUAGCGGGGUAUAAUCAGACUUAGGAGCCUCAACUGUUUUCUUAGCAUAAGUCACGGCGUGCACAUGCAUACCCAGAAUGUCGAGUCCCUUAAAUAGAUCCCUUAAAUAAACCCUCAUUCAGGACUUGAACCAAAUCUUUUUUGAAGUCUGUGUUUUGAUUGAUUAAUAUAUCCCGCACACAGUUAAAAGUGUUUUUUUUCUUCUUGUUCGUAAAAUGUUUCGAAUCAUAGCAAAGUGUAAAACUGAUUUACUGCCGUUGGACUUCAUGUUGUUGCAGCCAGUUAGGAAGGGAGAGGAGGCUUAUUUUCCAUGGCUGAAGUGUGGCAUAUGUUUUGAAAUAGGUCAUUGCAGACUCCCUUUUUAUUUUCUCCUCUUUUUCCUCCGUGUAAGCCAGUGAGGGAGUAGGUAGGGAGGGAGGAACAGCUCUACCUGUGGCACCUUGGUCAGACACACGUGCAAAAGCUCGCUAAUUUGAGAGAAAUGCCAAGACGUAGAGCUACAUGACUAAUCCGUACAUGAUCCCUAAGUUUUUAAAAAAGCACAUUCCUCUCAAUAACGACCACAUAAUUAACUUUUUACAUCCUCAAGGUCAUAACUAGCAAGGCUUCAAUUAUUCUUGUAUCGUGUCUUUGAGCACAAGUCUUCUCCUCUCCCAAAGGAGGAACUGCCACCUAGCAUUCGUUGUAAAUGUAGUCACUUACCCGUGGGACCCAGGCUCAUGAAAAUAUACUACCAGCAGUAUAUCGCCCAAGCACCAGCGAGCAACUGACCUGUUUUGAAUCCAGUAAGAGAAACCAAGGCAUCCAAAAACUAUCUUGUUGCAAAUACCCAUUUUAAAAAAAAUGGCAUGGUGUUAUAAUUAAUGCUGGAAACUGUCAUGAUGAAUGUUGGCGUCAUACUUAAGUGAGUUUUUAACUGUGCAAAAAAAUGACAAAAAAAAUCUGCAGUCUUUGAUUUCAGUAAAUGAUUCCCACUUUUUCCAGAAAAUUCUGCUCUUUCAGCAAAAAUUUAUUGUGUCUUGGGGGUAGAUUCAACACGGACUUCAAGUUGAAACUUUUUAUGAGGACAAUAUGAAAUAAAUAACUUCUUAUAGUUAUAAAUCCAAAUCCCUACUCCUUCAGCCUCAACCAUUUGAAGUCAUUUUUAUUCUUCUGGCAGUCUGAACUGCAGAUUUAGUGUGUUUGCUUUUAUCUAAGCUCUCCAAAAUAUUUGAGGCUAUUUAUAACAAAAAAAAAAAAAGCCAGAAAACACAUGAUGCAGAGCUCCAGAGUGUGUUAGCUUCCUGCAGAGUGACAUGCAAAGCUAAAGCCCCUGUUUCACAGCAUGCACACACAAACCAAAACACCUCCAUCCACAGUGUGGAGAUCAAAGACCAAGCUGUGUGUUUAGCCAGGUGUCCAGGCUGUAGCUGAAGGAAUGUCUCGGUGGUCUAAGUGUGUGUGUGUUUGCAUGCAUGGUCAUAUGUAUGCAUGCACACACACCAAGACCGAUGUUGGGAAUCCAAGGAUGUGACACCGGUUGUGAGCCAGCUGUACAUUCCACCGUUACACCUUCUGGGAGAGGGCAAAGGUCAAAUAAACUCAUGCUCACUGCUCAUUUGUCACACCACAAGGAUUCAUGAUGCAUCUUCUUCUUUUUGACAUUUUUUUGAAUCAUUUGUCCAUUGGCUUCAGGUUACAGUCCAAAGACUGGACUGAUCACUCCAUCGUUUGGCAUGAAGGGGAAUGGAAAUGCAAGUGUCCCGAGAGGUCCCGUCCCAGCCCGACCUUUACCUCAACCCCACCCCAAAGACGAGGACACCCUGGUGCAGAUGGCAGAACACAUUCCUGCUGGAACUCGCACACCCAUGUGCGCCCACUGCAACAUGGUCAUCAGGUGAGGGUCAAAUCCUGCGUUUAAUACGGUUAACCUCAGAAUAACAGUCUCAAUAACAGAGCAGUCUCUGUGGGUUUGGAUUACUUAAGGGACUUAAGGACCAAAACAAUAUAUGUGAAGGUGCUGGACCAUAGACUGUAUAUAGAAUGGAUGCUGUCUGCCUCCUCACUGGGUGAAGCAACCCCAAGAACAGCACCCUCUGUUGAUGGGCUGCAGUAUAGGUCAUAAACCCAGUCUCCUCCAGCCAUCCUUAUGGAGCUGGAUGAUAUUAUUAUGAUUAAGUUUGGAAAAUUAAUUAAACAAAAUAUAAAUUUUUCUCCCCCCUGGUUGUGAUGUUGACAUGUAGUUAUUGUAAGACUGGUUUGUGCUCAAGUCCUCUUUUUUUCUGUGCAGCUCCAUUUUUAAAAGUUAUUAGGGGGUUCAUGUUUUCUUUGAUUGACACUUGAUGCAGCCUAUGGGCGCAGGAAGAUUGCAUAGCUCACUGGGGGAGGACAUGCACAUGGUUGGGUCCGGACUCGAACCUGCGACGUCGUCCCCAUGCAUGGUUUUUAAACACCUUACAAAAAGGAAACAAAAAUAUUCAAAGACCAAGACAACAUGAGGAAAACUGAAGGGGCUGAAGACCCUAAACAAUAUAUGUGAAGGUGCUGGACCAGUCAUGCAGUAGACCAUUGCUCCCAGAACCUCCUCUUAUCUUAAAACUAGACAACUACCAAGAGCUGGAUUUAACAGUCAUUUUAAAAUAUUUCUCUGUAGAAAAAGAUGAUCAGGGUGACAAAUCUGUGGUCUCUGUUUUUGGAUGGAAAAAGGAGACUGUCAUGGUAAUUUAAGGUCAUAACUCUCUAUGGAAAACAGUGAAUGUGCAGGGUGUUAAGUUCCAUCUCAUCAAGCUGGUAUUCCUUUUGCAGAAGGACAAUCCAAAAUGACACAGACAAACUUUUGUACUCAUCCAAAUUAAGUCGGAAAAAGAAAACAUGUCUGCGUCUUAAUUAUUCAGUAAUCCAGGAGGCACUUGGGAUAAUUGAAACCAUUACAAGUAAAUAAUCUAGGAAUGAAACAAUAGGCUGUGGUGUUGAUAAGGGUAUAGGGGGAUUUAGUUGCCCUUACACUCGAUCAAACUGUAGAUGUGAAUAACUAAUGGAUGGAAAAUAAGCAUAAAUGAAAAAAGGGUUAUCUUUUUUUAUCGUUUUCUCUAACUCUCCAGAAACAUUUGGAAUUCAUUUUGAAGCCCCGGGUUUAUGUCUGCCUCUGCCCUCCUCUAGUCUACUUUCUGUCUUCUUGUCCUGUGGCGGACAUAACCAAACCCAAGGGUUAUCUUCCAGCAUGUGUCACCUUACAUUAGGGAUAAGGUGGCACAAAUGCUCAUCAUUGCCAAGCUUGGAUCUCAGUCAGAGAAAGCUCAGAUAAACACAGCUAUUGUGUGAAGGAACUAAGUCUCUGUCAUUUUCCCACUUAACCUAAUCAGCAGGGGACAGUUGCAAAGUGGUGUCUGAGGGGAGGCUGAGGACCACAGACACGAUUUUGAAGGACAAACAUUUUUUUUUCUCCCUGAAACACCUGAAAAUGUUGGUUUAAACCUGCACAAAGCUAAAUAUUGUUUUAAAUUUCAGUAUCAAACCCUCCUCACACAUGUAUAAAACUCCUAAAUCUAUUUCUCCAAACUCUCAGGACUUCACAUGUAGAAAAAAUUGCCAACAUUUCCUCUGAUGUUUGGAAAAAAAAAAAAAGGAAAUUCAUCACAAGUGGAAGAGGGUGAUGACAUUUAUUUCAUGCAACUGUUGCCAAACUGCAAAAGGAACACAUAAUAUGGUAAAUAAAAAACAUCUGUGGUUGAAUAAGGAGGAUCAUUUUCAAGACAAGAAUAGCAAAGACGAUAAGGAGAUUCAGGAGUUUCUAUCUUCCAGGGCUCACACCAGAAAUGUUCAGCAGGUGUAAAAAAAAAAAACACAGGAGGUAGAGCGGUCGUCCAAUGACCGGAAGGUUGGCGGUUCGAUUCCCCCCUAAUCCAAGUCUGUCCGUUGUGUCCUUGGGCAAGACACUUAACCCACCUUGCUCCCAGUGUGUGUCCUCCACUGGUGUAUGAUUGUGAGAGUUGUGUGGUGGUGGUCGGAGAGGCCGUAGGCGCAGAAUGGCAGCCACGUUUCCACCACCACCAAAAGUGUGACUGUGUGAGCGAAUGAAUGAUGUAUCCAAUGUAAAGCGCUUUGAGGGUCUCUGAUAAAGCGCUAUAUGAAAGCUGAUGCAUUAUUAUUAUUAUUAUUAUUAUCCUGUGUCCUGUUUGGCAGCUGAAUGAGCAUAAAACCACAACUUUUUAAACUAUUUUUGAUCAUUGGAAUUUCUCAUUUGAUGUGAUAUCUUAAUUAUUUUGACAAAUUAAAAAGGAAUCUGCGAUAUUUGUGGAAAACACUGCCUCUGCUGUUCCUGGAUCAGUCAAAGCAGGUGGUAAGAGCACACCUGAUCAACACGGCCCCAGAGGAUGUCUUCAAAUUAUAAAUUUCUAAUCCUUUUCAGAUGUCACAUAGCAGUAACACAUAAACAUCACCAACGAUAAGGACUAUGUUUUGACGGGGUCUAUGAGAGACAUUCUUUCUAGAGAUGCUUCACAGACAGGAACUCCUUGGGAACUUCAUUUACUAGAACUGAUGGAGACAUGAAAGAGGUUCAAGAGAUCAAAUGAAGUCUACAUGUCUCUCGUGCCCGAAUUGAUGAUCUAAGAGAGAGGGGGAAAAGAAAGUGUACUUUCUGCUUAAAUGCAAUCUCUGUCCUCAAAGUGCAUGAACUCUGAAAGCAAAGAUCUCAUAACGGAUUAUUUAGACUCUUAGAGUCAACGACAGCUAAAUCAUUGAUGGUCAGAAACCAGACAAUGUUUACAAGUCUUUUCAGACAUUAGACCAAAGGUAAGGACAAUUUUUUUAAACACUGGACCGGAAAUGUACAGAUCUCUAGGAAGCCAAGAUCAGUUGUUGUGGUCUAACCUGAGGCCAGAGGAUUUCCUUAAAAUUCCUGAGAAAGAAGAAAAGAGCAGCGACAAGUAUGUAAAUAGAUGAAGAGAAAUCCAAGAGUGGAGGAGGAGGAGUGUCUCUGCUGUAGCUUGAUCCAUAACUUCUCGGUCUGAGAGACGACUCUUGGACUUUCCUGCAAAUUUCCAGAUAAUCUCAGGAGUGCAUGUGUGAAAGGAGCUUUAGAGUAGGGCUGGGUGAUAUAGCCUCAAAUCAAUUUCAUGAUAUAUUGAGCAGUUCACCUCGAUGACGAUAAAUGGACGAUAACUACUCCACAAGCUGCUCACCCUUCUUUGUCUACUUCAGCUGCUGCUCCAGCCGCUACAACUUUUGAACUGUCCUCCAUCUCCUCACCUGUCUUUCCCUCUUUGUUUCGGACUGGAUAAGGUGGAGUCACGUCUACGGCGUAGGACAGCGUCUUAAAGGGACAUGAGACCAUAGCCUACCUACACACAUCCGAAACCAACUUUUAUUUAUUUAUUUAUUUAUUUAUUUAUUUAUUUAUUUAUUUGACAAUGAAAAUACCGAUAUGGGCAAAAUGGCAUUGGUUAUUGUCGUGAAUUUCGGUAUCAGUAAAUUUUCAGUUUAUCGCCCAGCCCUACUUUAGAGUAGAGUAGAACAAGUCAUCCGUAGAUAUCGAGAAAACUUCUUAAAUCAAUGUUUUAAUCGUUUUUUCACCCUCUAAAUACAGUUUGAAUCCAUUUGCAGACGUCUCAUAAAUUUAUUAAUCUUCUCUUUAUUUUUCAGGGGGCCGUUUUUGGUCGCGAUGGGGAAAUCAUGGCAUAAGGAGGAGUUCAACUGCGCCCACUGUCGUACAUCCCUGGCAAACACGGGCUUCGUGGAAGAAAAUGGCUCCGUCUACUGUGAACACUGCUAUGAGGAGUUCUUCGCUCCGACGUGCAGCCGCUGCCAGGCGAAGAUACUUGGGGUGAGUUGGUGUGAAAUGAAAUAAAACAGCUGUCAGCAGAUGUUAUGUCAUUAGUUACUGAUUUAUCAAAUUUGCUUUUUAAAAGAAAAGAAGAGAGGCUCAGUGGUAGUCAUUCAUUUUAAGGCUUUUAAAUCGUGAAACAGCCGAGACAUUUUUUUCUUUGAGGUAUUAAAGGUCACAAAAAAGUCAUUCUACAGUCGAGGUUGAUUCAACGACUGCGCAUCACUGUGGCUCCAACCCCGAACAUGCAGAGGGUCAGUUUAGAUUUAGUGAAUAUUCAUAGUGACCACCGCUGAAACUGAGGAAUGUGGUCCCUGUCUGCUGUUUAGAGAAUUAGGCUUAGAGGCCCAGGAACUGCAGGUGCUACAUGAACCCGGAGUGACAGGAAGCAGAGAUCUCUGCGCUCGCCACAGCUCUGACAUUCAUCCCUCACGUGUUCUAACCUCUUGAGCCUCAAUCCCUUUCAACCCUCUAUUUCUCACACAUCUUCAACCAGCUUACGGCUUCUUAUUAACCUGUUUUCUCACUCCCUCUCCUCUAAUCCUUCAUUUCACUCCAGCCCACCAACUUUCCAUUGAUUCCCUGUCCUGUCUUGUUCUCACAGUUCAAGGGUGGGAAAGAAAGCAGUUUGUCUUUUUUUUUUAAGCUGGGUCAUGUGGCCUCACAAGAAAAAAAAAAUGGUUUAAAUAUUUGGCAUGAGAACAGGUCAGACUGUCGGGAUAACGAUGCUUUUCUGUAGAACUGAUUUUAGGCAAAUUUUCAACCACUUCUAACUGGUGUUCCACAAGGAUGAGUUCUAAGCUCUGUCUUCUUAAUAAUUCAUAAUAAUUAUAUUGUCUCUUCUUUAUGCUCAUCCUUUUAGUCAUUUCAGUGACGGUAUUUGCUACCUUCAACCGUGUUUGUUACAUCUACACAGCAGCAUUGCAAAUAAUGACAAACCGAGCCAAGUAGCGAGAUCGCAUACCUCCAAAAGUUUCUGUCUCCCCUCCAGCUUGUAUCUUACGAUCCUCUGUUGAUUCAACCACACUGUUUACAUUUACACCCAGGAGGUGAUCAACGCCCUCAAACAGACGUGGCACGUCUACUGCUUUCUGUGCGCUUCCUGUCAGCAGCCUAUCAGAAACAACACCUUCCACCUGGAGGACGGGGAGCCGUUCUGUGAACAAGGUGAGUAAGUGAUCGAUGAGGACUCUGAACGAUGGGAUCAAACUAACAGGGUUAAUGAGCGGAUGAGAUGGAAAAAACACUAGACAGUCACUGAUCUAUUUGGGUUUAUUUGGGCUACUGAAAACAAUCUGGUUUAGUAUUUGGUUGUAAUGAAAAGUCUUUGUAUUAAAGUGUAUCCACCAGUCCCUCAGGGCAGACUUAUCCGAAUUUGAUUUGGUCUUGUCAUCAAAAUCGAUGGGUCACAGAUUUAAUCUACCCCCUGUGGUUUUGCCUUAAAAAAAAGACUUCUACAGUUUGUUUGGGACUGGCUGCCAUGGCUGUGAAUUCCCCAUUGAAGCUGGAGACAAGUUCCUGGAGGCCCUGGGUUACACCUGGCAUGACACCUGCUUUGUCUGUGCAGUAAGUGAAAACUGCAGUUAAUUAUUUUAUCCAUCUGAGCUGCAUGUUUGCAAAUUGUGAGAGACUAUCUGUGAGUAUGAUUCAACUUUUAAACAUUUAAACCAUUUUUAUGAAAGAAAAGUUGAGAUGUUCUGAAGCCCUGUAUGAAACCUUUGUGUUUGUGUGUCUUUGUCGUCCUCAGGUGUGCUGCACCACUCUGGAGGGCCAAGCCUUCUUCUCCAAGAGAGACAAACCUCUUUGCAAGAAACACGCACACACAGUCAAAAUAUGAAUUUUGAGACUUUUCUUCAGUUUUAUAGCCUCACAGAUACUUUUUUUCGGUAACAUAGGAAGUCCUCCUGGAAGUUAGGAGUUCAUGCAACAAUACAACUCAUGCAAUAUACAGGAGAAGAGGUGGCUCUAGCAGGUUAGGAUAAGCAAGAUGCUGCUAUGUUUGUAAAAUGACAUAUUUGUGUCCAAUGAUCCUGAUCCAUGUGACGUCUGCUAUAUUAGAUCUUCUUUUUAGGCUUAGUUUUUGGGGAAGCAGAAUUCAGUCCUGCAACCACUGUGACAAGGACCGUAUCCUCUGUAGAAGGAGUGCCUGAAACACCAUCAGUCCAUUUUUCGAAAAACUUUAAGACUCUUAACUUUAUUUUUCUUUUCUGUUGGCAAAAUCAUCAAAUAGGCUCCACAGCAAUGCAUUUGAAAACCUUAAGAGCUUUUGACACACAGAAACUUGACGACUGAUUUUCAUCAGUGCUCACUGUGACAAGGGUUAUUUUUUAUUUUAAAAAUAUAUAUUGUGAUUUUUUUUACUCUUAUCCAUCACAUUAAAUGACAAAUACUGUCCAAAUUUCACCACUUUUAAGCAUAAAUAUGGGAGAGUGAGGCACUUGAGAGAUACGCUCUUUAAAUUUUACAGGACACUGACCUUAUGAAUUCAGUAUACAGAAAAAAUAGAUAAACAUAUACAAAAUAUGGAGCCAAUAUGAUGUAUUAUGUAUAUACAGUAUGUCUCCCUAAGUCGAGUGUUAUCACCUUUGAUUAAAUAAGUCAGCAUUUAAACAAAUUUUAUGUUGUUAGUAUUUUUUUUUGGUACGUUCUGUCUGCCGUACAUUACAUAAGUAGUUUUUUCAGGCCUGGUCAAACAUGGAUAUUAUAAUUCUUUAUGUAUACUGUAUAUUUUUGUUUGUUGGUAGAAGGGAGACAUGUCUUAUCUGAUUACAGUGUUUAAUUGUUUGGGUAACAGGACUUUACUUUUCAGGGACUGGGGGAAUUAUUUGAUUAUUUGAGGGGUCGUUUUUUAUGUGUUUUUAUAUCUCACUUGACCUUUAGCCAUCCCAACAUGUUUAUUUGGGUAUACUUCCUUUUCCUUUUGUUACAUCUGGCUUUUUUUUCCCAACACAAGAACAAACAGCAACAAAAUUCACUUUUUUAAGCCGCACAGAGUUAUACAAAACAAAGGCUGGGUAUUGUUGUAUGAGACUGUAUGAGUUUGUAUUAUGUGCAAUGAUAAACAUGGGACACAAUGCUUAAAUCUCACCUUUUAACACUAUUUAAAAUGAUCUAAGUUGUCUAAUAAAUGAUGUGCUUUUGAUCCCCUGAGAAAUAUUCAGUGUUUCUUUGUUUGUUUUCUCUUCUUUCAGUGUAAUACUAUCUUCGCACACUAAGCUUCUUCUAUUAUUACUUUCGAAAGCACAUGGCAGUACAGACGAGUCCCACUAAAGCAGUGUGAAAUGUUGAUUUCAACGCGUGUCUCCACCAUGCUGAGAAAGGUCAGAGGAGUCAGGGACAGAAACAGAGGUGAAGUGGACACUGGGUGAGAGGAGAGCAGAAGAAAGAGCACAGUAUGGUAAAGAAAAUGAAAAUAGUAAUCACUGUUAACAAAUCAAUAUGCUCAUUUACACUAAUGUCGCCUUUUCUUGGAAUGUAAAGUAAACAAAGUUGCCAGAUCUUACAAAACUCCUUGAACAAUCAAAGGACAGGCUGUUUUGCUGUCUUUGGCAUGCUGUUGAAUUUUCCAGCUGGCAUUUGAGAGAUGGGAACAUUUAGAGGAAGUUGUCAGAACAUUGCCGACACAGAGAAAGUGAUAUGUGUCUACUGAUGUUUAGAUUUAGCCAUAGCGAUAGCCAUCAAACAUCUUUUUAACUUUGCCUUAUUUCUUUAGCAAAGAGACGAAAAACAACUCACCUACUCUCUUCCAGCAGCCGCUUAUUUGUAGCAAGACCUCAGGCCUUUAGUCCAUUAUGGACUACAGCGGGGUGACGCAGCUCAAGGAAGAACAUUUAUGAUCAUUUCUUCAUGGAAAUGCGGUCAGACCGAGACACUAAGGCAGAAGAACUACCGCGUCUGCAGUGUAAAAUGAUUAAUAUGGUGAUUAUUACUUCGAGGAAAUGAUAAAUAAAUUAUCAUAAAUGUUCUUCCUUGAGCUGCGUCACCCCGCUGUAGUCCGUAAAAGACUGGCCUGAGGCCUCGCUAUAAACAAGCGGCUGCUGGAAGAGAGUAGGUGAGUUGUGUUUAGUGUCUUUGCUAGAGAAAUUAGGCAAAGUUAAAAAGAUGUUUGGUGGCUAGUGCUAUGGCUGGGACCCUUUAUGUACUGUUGAUGAAGUUAGGUGCUGUUCUGAACAUUAUUUGUGGCUAUAUUGGCGUUUUGGUUGAGCACGUGGCUCUCUGUAUUGCUAUCUGCGGUCGUUACUAAAGUUUGUAUAACUAGAGAAGCAAGCGGUCUGCAACAUUCAUCUCUCAAGGGGGUGUCUAACUUGGUGUUACGACACUAAAUUUUGCGCCGGAAUAUCCCUUUAAUCUCAGAAAGCAAGUACAUCCUAACAUCCUAACUCAUGGUUUUUCUUUGACUUUUAUGGUCUUGGUGAAUCGUUAAAAGUCUGAAACAAAAAGCAGUUGGGUAUUAUUAGUUUUUAAUUAUUUAUCAUACACUUAAAGACACUUAGUGGCCAACUGUAUCCUCUCAGAGCAGACUUCAUUCAAUCACGUCUCUCCUGCUAAUGCACUCCUCCGUGGCACUUAUCACCCCUCAUACAGCGGAGAGAAUUUUAGAGGUGCAGACUAACGUGUUAGCUUACGUGUGUCCGUGUGUGUGUGUGUGUGUGGUUGAGUUGCAGAAAAGAGAAAGAGGGAGUAGUAGAGUAGGAGAGGAGCUACAACUUCAGCGAGGAGGACUCAGACUGAACAGCAUCUUAAUCCGGACUACUAAAGACAUCAACUCCUAUCCAUCGAGACAAGACGGCAGACAAAGGUGAGUAAACCACGGAGAAGCGCCGCGGGGCGAAUUGAAGCAGCUGUGGAGUGGUUUUAUGUUCCCACUAGUGUCUGUUUCUUUUCUCGAAGUUGUGUGCCAUCACUCCGGAAAGUUUGACAGACGUCGCCCUUUUUUGUGUGUUGGCUAGAUUCUGACAGAGUGCUGCUGCACGUGCAGUGGGGUUGUUUACUUCAGGUUACAGGAUGAGUUUCACUCGCUGCGUGGAUACUAAGCGUAACACUGAAGAAAACUUAAAGUGAGAGUUAAAACGCUAUGUCCAUUUUCUGCUCAGUAAUGUUGACAUACCGUCAUACUUUCUCCUGUAGUUGUUGGAGCAUAAACCCUCCUGUUCUGUCUUUACUGCACAGAGAAAUAGCAGCUACACCAGACAGUACACAGGUCCAUUUCAGGGUGACAUUAUUUUUAAGUCCAGGUAACUGAAGAUCUAUAUUUUUUUCCCACUGUGCAUGCAACAUAAGAAAAACAUUGUCAUGGAAGUGUGGCCAAUUUUUAUGAGAUAUUGCAAAAAUGUGGUACAAAGGAUACAAACUUUGCCUUUUUUGUGGUUGAUAUGUAGAUAGGGCUGGGCGAUAAAACGAUAAUGACCUAUAUCGAAAAUUAAUUUCCCUCGACAUACUGUAUUUUUCGCACUAUAAGGCGCACUUAAAAUCUUUUUGGCUUGUCGUAGCACUGCACCUACUGUAGUCUCGCAGGGUUAUUGAAUGAGUUUAAUAAAGUUUGACUUAUCUGACUGUUUUGUUUGUCUUAAUGCGCUUUAUAAUCCGGUGCACCUUAAUGUAUGAAAAUAGACGCAUUCAUUGAUGGUGCGCCUUGUAAUCAGGUGCACCUUAUAAUGCAAAAAAUACGGUAAAUAUAAAACAUGGUCAAUAUACUUUUCGAUAGUCGGCAUUCUGCCAUGUUUUCGUAGACUAUAUGAAUAGUCAUUGAAAAGGGGAGUUGCUCCGGGUCCGUGCCACGCUGAACCAAACGUGUUGAAUUAGAAUCAAGUAGCAAACAACUGUGUAGUCGCAUGCUGCAGCUACACGUAACCAUAGCACCUUAACACGCAAAGCUGACAGCACUGUUGAAAAACAGAAAAUGAGCGCUACCCCCAGCAGAAAUGCAGAUGAAGGCUCAACAAAUGACGACAUCGUCGACAACACUGGCACGUAAAUGUCGGUGGUGUGGAGGUAUUUUAUUUUUUUGAGGUCGGACAUGAAGCAGAGUAAUGUGUACUGCAAAUACCUAAGUAUUCAGUCCGCUUUCUCUAGCGCAGUGCCUUAUGACAAAACGUUGAAUAGACACAAAGACCUCACGGAUGAACUGGCUUAUUGUAUUGCAAAAGACAUGCUACCAUAGUUAAAUUUCCUUUUUUAUAUCGUGAUAUAUAUCGAUAUCGACUGAUACGAAAAAAAAAUAUCAUGAUAAACUUUUUCCCAUAUCACCCAGCCCUACAUAUUGAUCAUGUUAACACAUGGAGAAAACUACCUUCAGAGUUGUUGUUAUAAUGCAUAAAAAGUAUGAUAUAUGAUGCAUGUUGUGCCUUUGGAUGCAGCUUUUUCUAGACUGGAGAAAAAGUGUGACCAAGGGUUUAGUUUUUGAGACUAGGUGAAGUGAGCUGCCUUCUUCAAGGACCCGGAAAUCAUGAAAAAAAAAUUAAAAUGAACCUCAACACAGCCCCGAGCGCUGGAUAACCUACAGCCUAGUAUUCCCCACGCACCCCACUUAUUCACACAGGCAUGCACAGAGUAUUCAAGUCUCCCUCUGAGUCCUGUAACCAGGUCCAGGUGUUUGUCAGUGUAGGUUAUGACAAGAGUAUAUCUGCAUGAGUGUGUAUGUGUGCGUAUGAGUGGUGCACAUGUGUGAAUGUAUAACCAGAUGGCAUAAUACUGUGGCUCCAAA